CUCCUCUCAUCUGUCUUAUAUAGUCAUGCCUCCUCUAGGGAGUAGAAAACCCUCCUUCUCCUCCCUCCACCUCUCCAGGAUCAUGUGGCAUUAGAGAAAUGGAACAAUAAAAUAACAUUGUGUGCCAAAUACACAAUGGACUCGCUAGAUAGGGAUGAGAAAUCACUGCAGCAUGCUGAGGCUAGAUUGCAGUCAGAGAGGAGGACACACGCCUAGCCUCCUGUCUGCACCCUAGUUCUGCAUUUCUCUAUCUCACAAGCACAGACACUCACUCUCUGCUGAUGGGGAUCUCAGCAGUUCACUAGUUCCUGCUGAGAGAGGUCUUUGCAAAGCUGAGUUUGGAGGAAGGGAGCAGCAUGUGCUGGUCACCUUGCUGGAAAAAAGAUAAUCACACCCUGACUGUAUAGAGGUCAGAGAGGCUGAGACCCUUUAAUUGAGCUCAGCUAGGACUCCCUACACAUACAUCCUAAGUGCUGGGAGUCAUGGGAGAGUCAUUAUCACUGCCAGUGGAGCAAUUCAAGCUGGAAGCUCACACAGAGCCCCCUGUCUCAAUGCUAACUUUCCUCUGAUGAGACUGAGGAGAAUCUGGAGUAUAUGAGGAGACCCCUGGAAUUUGCUGAACAAGACAUCUCCAAGGGUAAGAGAGCAAGCACUGCUUGGAAAUGAAAUGAAUGGGGAUUUCCUGUGGAUUUGUCCAUGUGUGCAAUGAUAUUAAGCUGAGGUCUAUACUAUUACAAUUAUUAUAUAUUGUACUUACGGUUAUGUUGAUUAAUAUAUUUAUGAUUGUAUUGAUUCUCACAUGUCUAUUGAUGUCAUUUAUGUUAGUGGCAGGGAAUUCUUGUAGAUUAUUGCACACACAAUGUUAAAUGUAUUUUUUUAAUUGGUGAUUUCCUACUCACUUUAUUUAGUGAAUCACCUUUCAUUUAUAUUUUAGUAUUAUUCUUGGUUAAGAUGAAGGCAUACAGGGUUAUAUUCAUAGAUGUGCAGAUUUUUGAAAUGAUAGAUUAAAAAAAAGUAGGUAUUGCAUAUUUCCUUAACUCCCACAGUAGGUCCUUAGUAUAAUCACUUCUUAAUUGUUUGUUUGUUUUUCCUUUAGUUCUGUAUUUAUAUUUUAAUUUUCUUUUUAGAUAAUGGAGGUUUAGAGAGAGGUUAAUUACAGUAUUUUUGAUACUGAAAUUUGUAAAAUGCACCAUGUUUUUGGGAAAUGCUUCAGUCUUGGUGGGUGAGUAUUUGCACUGGGGUAGCAAAGUAUAGAGAAGUUUUAAUAUCUACAAACAUAAACUUUAUUGCAAUGCCCAUUAAGUGGGUAAAUCCAAUGAGCUAUAGUGGUGAUGAGUAUAACUACUGUAUGCCACAUAAGAAUCAGUACACAGCAAUCAUUAAUCCCCCAGAACAUACUCUAUUAACACUUUAGGUAUCUAGGACAUGUAACGAUUGCAGAGGCUGCUCUAGACUAAAUGGCUCAAAAUAAGCAAUUUUUGCAACUGAGAACUUAACAUUACUGAUACUUAUAUGGCAUGAUCUUCACCUGACAGAUGCUUGGAAUGUGGGACAGAAGACCAAGUUUAUUUGCUUUUCAUAUCUUUGGAGCUUUGCAUAGGUUAGUAGAUAUACACAAGUACUGUGUGUUAAAGCCAGGUUUAAAUUGUAUUUUAGGAUUAUGAAUUCUUUGGACAGCUGCUAUGAAUUAGGGGAGAUUAGCGGGGGUCUUGGGUUUGGUCAAUUCUAGGGUUAGCGUUAGCAAGGUACGUGGCUAUGGUUCAUGAAACAAGGAUACUAGGUUUUAGAGAGAUAAGUAGAAUGGAGGAGAUUAUUUUUCUCUUAGUCAAUAUAAAGAUGUGGUUGCAGUUGGUGAUCAGUUGCUGUAAAUAUUUAGGGGUUCAAGGAGCUUACUGAGGAUCACGAUAAUACAAAUCAAGUCAGAGAUCAUAACAGGUCAGUAGACAGAAACCUUGCAUCUCCAUCUGGAGGUGCCUGUAGAAAUUACCUUGGUCACUUGAGGCUAGGCAGCUGGUGCAAUUGACAAUGAUAGAAAGUCAACACAUACACACUGUGGGCAAAUACCCCCUUUGCUGCAGAACAUCUUGCAGGGCAGUACUGUCACUCUACAGUUCUCAUCAUAUCAACAUAUCCUGCUGCAACCGCAGACUUCCCCAGCCUUCACCACCAACUUGCUAUCCAGACUAGACUCCUACUGCUAACUAUACACACAUUGGUGGAUUAACGUGGGAUAAAGAGGGCCAGUUUUCCCUGUAAACUUACAUAUUUAUGGGGUUUACUUGUAGAGGGAGAAUAAUACAAAAAUUAGUAGAACCAGAACAAAUAUGGGCCAUGGCAUGUAUACAUUUGAAUAAAAUUAUGAAUAUUAGUUUACUAUUCUAAUGGGUAAAAGCGCAUUAAUAUAUUGGGACCCAUGACUGCUCCUAAUCCUCCCCUGCUGAUGUAAUUAAAAUAGCUAAGCAGUGCCUUAUCGUUCCUCUGCCUCAGAGGGAAUAGACCGACCCUGCGUUCAAUAUACUCUGCCACAUCAAAUAAUAAACUCCUUAAAGGGGAACAGUCACCUCUAUGGAAUUGACACCGCUGAAUAAAACAUUGAAAAUCAUCUAUAAGUUGUGUAACCAUUCUUUGGGGUUGCCAUUUUCAGUUCAAUUUAUAUAAAAAUUUAGCACAUUACAUCACUAUCCAUUUCAGGCAAAGUACAGACAGAUCAAACAAUGUAAAUGAAAAGGAGAAACAGAUAUACUUCUGUUUUCUCUAUGCGGACAGCCAGGUGCAAAGACAGAGCUUGUAACAAUGAUUGACAGGGAGCUAAGAUGGACGCACCCAGUUGCAGGAUAAAGAGGCGUGGAUGUCUACCUUUAAAUUUAAUUUUCACACCUCAAAAAUACUCAUUUGUUAAAUAUAGGAAAUAUUAAACAUAAUGUUAAAUUUCCUGGGACGUCAAUUGGACGUUCUUGAUGUCCAAGCCUUGGGACAAGGUUCCAUCAAGUGAACAAGGGUUUAUUAACAAAAUUACCCUAGCAGCCUGCAGGGCGCUGAGCCAAGCAUGGCUACAGACAGAUUCCCAAUCGGUAGAGUUUAAGGUUACAUAUCUCAUGGACAAGUUGACUGCUUAGCUUUGCCAGACAAUGGAUUUUUAUUAAUAAAACCUGGCAGAAAUGGGGAAUAUGAGCCUGUUUGUUGUACGGGACAAUGCUCAUACAACCUCUAUUAGUUGAGUUGAUGCAUGGAAUAGCCUUCCAUCUGAAGUUGUAGAGGUUAACACAGUAAAGGAGUUUAAGCAUGCGUGGAAUAGGCAUAAGGCCAUACUAAGUAUAAGAUAAGGCCAGGGACUAAUAAAAGUAUUUAGAAAAUUGGGCAGACUAGAUGGGCCGAAUGGUUCUUAUCUGCCGUCACAUUCUAUGUUUCUAGUUGAGAUCAUAGUCAUCUCAACUAUUGUCUCUCCCCCUUUAUUUCCCCCUACAGACUUACUUUUUCUUCACCCUCUUUAUUAUGUUUAUUUUUGCAAAUUGGAAUGUUACAUGUAAAAGUUGAUACCAAAGGUGCUUAUAGAUACGCUAUCCCAUAUUCUUUCAUAGUUUUUCCAGCAAUACAAUAAAUAGCAAAAAGAAGAGAACGAAACAGGCUAUGUAUCUUAUAACCACAUGUUUUAUACCUAAGAAAGUAUUACAACUAGCCAUCAACCAAGAUAGAUUUGUAAUACAGUGAGGUAGAACCCAAGGUCAAGAUUGAAUAUUUAUUAUAUGUAUAGAUGUCAUAAUUCAAUCUUUUAUAGGUUCAGUUAAGGCAUGUAAGCAUUUUCGCUGCAUCAUAUCUAGGUACUCAAUAAUUAUGCAUACAUUGUCAUAUACAGACCUAAUUGAGUUUGAUUUAUAUAAAUAUAUAUAUGUGCAAGUUAUAUAAUUAUUGAAUAAUAAUCUUCAUUGGGGUAUGCAUGACAUAUUUGAAUUUAUUGUAUCAUCGUUUAUAGGAGCACAUAGGUUAUGCAUGCAUGUCCUCAAUGCAUCAUCAUGUAAACGGUAUAAAUUAGGUGUGUGUGCAUAUUGCCUUAUAUCGGAAUGCAUGAGGAGUGUGCAUCUUUCAUUGUAAAUAUGUUCUGCAUUGAUCACCCAGGUAAAAAGUUCAACCAUUCAAAAAUGGUUUGACUAUUUACAAUAGGGUUCGCCAGGUUGUUCUUGCUCCUGACACCAUAACCACUACAAAAUUCAUUUAACCUUGUUUCUUUUACAUGGGCCCACAUUAUAAGCAUGGUAUUAGCUUAGUCACAUUUUUCAAUUGCAAAAUUAGUUUGGUGACCCACUGUAGCUUUUCAAAAAAUUUUUUUUAAUGUAAAUAAAUAAAUAUAAGUAUAAAACCACUUUAAUUUGAUUGUUUCCAUUUUUAAAUGUUUCGCCAGACUGGGAGAAGCAGCAAUGCUGUGAUAACUUGCGAGCUGAGGCCUGGAACAACCACUCACUAAACUGGCAUGGGAACCCAAUUUUAGAUCAGAGGUUAAAAAACAAUGAUCUAUUAUUUUGCUAUAUGAAAGUAUUUCUCAUGUUCAAAUAUUUUACUUGAAAUGGGAACAGGCUUCUUGUAAGGAGAUUUUCAGGAACUUAAGUUAUCAGUAGUUCAGUUCUUGCCUUCGUUGUGUUGAAGAACAGAUUACAGGGUUUCUCUGUGCCCUCUGGUCAUACAAUUAUUAUUUUAUUAUUUAUAUAGCGAAGCAAAUUACGUAGCACUGUACAAUAGGAUAAUGAAAGUAUACGGGCAAAGGAUGACAAAUGCCAGGAAAAACAACUGAAAAAAACUGAAAAACGAGCUGCUGUAUGGGGACCUUUCCAGAGGAGGACUGGCAACUUGUGGUCUGAGGGGCAAAAACUAUUUAGUGUCUUAUAGUGCAAUUUUACCAACAUCUGUGAUAGACACAAGUACACAAACAAAAUAGAUGUGUUGAUAGACAUACAAGGUAAAUUAAUAGAAAGAAGUGCUAUGCAGUUAAAGAGCAGCCCAGAGAGCAAUUGCCCUGACCACUUGACACUUGGACAUCCUUAAUCAAUAAGGAAGAUCUCCCCACCAGCAUUUAGUAAAAAAAAAAAGUUCUAAAGAAUUUUCCAGCAAGGAAAUGCUAUUAAUUUAUUAGAUGCAUACACCUUGUAUAUCAUGCUAAUAAGCAGUAAAUGCAUAAACUUGUAUAUCCUGCCAAUGAGCCGUAUGUGCCUUCAAAAAGCCUUCCAGUGCCACCUGUGCCCCUAAACAACCUGCCAGUGAAACCUCCAGCCUAUCUGUGCCAUCUCUCUGCCCCAGCAGCUCUGUGCCAUCUCUCUGCCCCAGUAUAUCUGUGCUAAAAAGCCCCUAGCCUCUCUGUGCAUCUCUCUUCCCCAAGCCUCUCUGUACUAUCACACUGCCACCAGCAUCUCUGUGCCACCUCUCUGCCCCAGCAUCUCUGUGCCAUCUCUCUGCUUCCAGCCUCUCUGUGCCAUCUUUUUGUCCCCAGCAGCUCCUUGCCAUCAUUCUGCCUCAAGCAGCUCCAUGCCCCCUUUCUGCCCCAAGCAGCUCUGUGCCAUCUCUCUUCCCCUUAGCAGCUAUGUGCCACCUCUCUGCCCCUGGCAGCUCUGUGCCACCUCUCUGCCCCUGGCAGCUCUGUGGCACCUCUCUGCCCCUGGCAGCUCUGUGGCACCUCUCUGCCCCUGGCAGCUCUGUGCCACCUCUCUGCCCCUGGCAGCUCUGUGCCACCUCUCUGCCCCUGGCAGCUCUGUGCUAUUUCUCUGCCCAUCAACAUGCUCAUUCACCCGGAUGGCAUCCACAGCACUUGCUUUGCACCUAGAUGCCUUGCAUUCCCUACAUUUACCCCUGGACACAGAUUGCAUCCCCUACACUUACCCCAGGACACAGAUGAUAUCCCCAGCAUUUACAGGACCCAGAUGACAUUCCCUGCACUUAUCCCAAGACCAACAUUCCUGGUGUCUAGUAGGAGGCAGUGUGGUGCCUGUGCACUAUGUAUAUGCACAAACAUCCUGUAUGCCUCUUGUGCUCUUCGCACUUUUGGUGAUGUCAGAGAUGCGACCUCUGACUUCCUGAGACACACAUGGCGCAAGAAAGGCAUACAGACACCACACCACAUUGCCUGCCUACCCCUGUCGCAGAGGUGGCUGGCUGGCUGCCAGACGCAAAAUAUUCUGGUGAUGCUGCUAGUAUAUAUUCCUAAUGCUGGCACCGGCUGCAUUACAGGCUGUGUGGCAAUACAGCUGACAUGGCUAGAAUUUUGUGCGCCCUGGGGAACAAUUGCCCCUGGAUCUUUCCCACCAAAAUGUUGCACUAUGCACAUGGAACUUUUAGGUCCAAAAGCAGACAGAACAAACCAAAUAAUUUUUGUUAUAUAAUUUAUUCCAGCAGCAGCUAUACAUCAAUGGAGAGUAUGUUGACUCUGAUUGCUAAGGCUGUCUGCAGGUUUUCUAUCCCCCUGUGCCCUGUCACUGUCCUUUGCAUUAUACGAUUUUGUGACCUACUUUAAGAUAUCCCAUUGGUGUGUGCAAAUCUAUUUUUUUUUCUUUCACUGCAAUAGUAAUACUAUAUACGAUGAAAUCUCCUUGACAGUGUACAAAAAAUUCUGACAGUAAUUGCAGUGAAUCUGCUAUUAUUAAUUUAAACUUCUGCCUUUACACAAGACAGCUACUUGCCUCUUUCGUAGGGGUAGCGGUUAUCGCAGAAGUUGCUAUGAAAAGGUGGUAAACAAUGCUUUAUUUAUAGGGUGCCCUGGGGAUAAAUUAUAAGAUUUUACACAAAUUUACGAGUAGCCAGGUAUCAUCUGGCCUGCUAAAAAAAAUGUACUUGCCUGCCAAAUUCUCAUCCCCAACACUAAUAUGUGUUAUUAAUCAUCUCGCUCCCAAUCCAAUUCCCUUAUUCUAAAUUUAUGACCCAAUGAUAUUUUAUGAGUCCAUAGGGUCUAUUCACUAAGCCUUGAUUUGUGAUGGAUUAAAACUUGACUUUUAAAAAUGCCAAAGCAACAAAUAUAAUAAAUGAGAGAGAUUUUAUAGUCUGUUCAACUCAAGUUCGUUACAGUUAAGUGUUUGUUGUGUAGACCUUCAAAUUGUCCUAUUUAUCAAAACAAAACUGGAGUAAUUUGCAAAACAGCCAUGUGUGGAGCAGUAUAAACAUGCCGUGGGUUGCUAUAGUGAUUGCUACAAACAGAGCACCUUGCCCCAUAGUGCUGCACUUUACGCUUGCUGUAACUCCUUUUGGGGUAAUGUAUGACUAAUAAUUUAGGGUCUGAAUUCCAUUGGUUUCCACAUCAGUAGCUCCACUUUUAGAACUUUUCCCCAUAACUGCUCUUUUUAUUAACCCAUGCAUUGUCCUAGCAUGCUGUGGGGCAGAUAAAAAGUGAAAGCAGUGGAGGUUUGUUUGGGAUUAUAUGUAGUGUCACUCUGUACCACAAUGUGCUAUGACAAUAGGUCUGCUGUCCCUGCCUGCUGGGGUGGGGGGGGAGAAUUCUGUUUACAUGCUCUGAGGCUCUGGCUGUGAUGGACUGUUCGUACACAGUAUUUACCAGCGGAGUUUGCAAAGCAUUCUGCAACAUCAUCUUAAACAAGUCACUUCAGAGGGUGGGGAAGCAGAGAGCGAGAGGGAGAAACGCUGAGCAAGUGAAAUAAUAUUUUAUCUGCAAAUACCUACCCUACUCCGGACGGCUUCAGGUACAAUACAUUGAUAAAGUUUUCCUGUCUGCUUAUUACGGUGUCUACUGCAUAUUGGUUUUUAUAAUUUAUACAUGAGUGUACGCCUUAUAGAGUGAUGUUUAGGUUCCAUUUGUAUACAUUAAACAUUUUUUUAUAUGCACAUACAUAUAUAUCCACACACUAUUCAGUGUACGUGUAUGUAUUAUAAUAUAUAGAUAUAUAUAUAUAUAUAUAUAUAAAUAAAUGUGUCUGUAGUGCGUAAUGCAGAUGCUGUGUGAUGUAGAUGCACACACAUGUAUUUGAAUGUUUUACAUGCUUAUCUUGCAUAUACAUACACAAAUACAAGUGUACACUUAGGAAUACUUUGUAUGUAUAGGAAUAUGGCAGGCAGAAGUAUUAUGUGAUACGGGAUAUAUUAAUAUACGGGUUUGUAUGCAGAGAGCAGUUAUUAUUUACAGUGUGAUGUGUGUAAAGUUCAUUCUGCUGCAACGCUGGCAUUUACUCAAUGACUGUGCUAAUGUGACUCUUUUCUGUCCAGUUCUCCAGGCUGAGAGCAGAGCUGGGGGGCGUUAUGCAGAACAAGGGGUUCCUUUCCCCUGUUUCCUUGACCCCCUCUCUUCUGAUUCACUGUCUUGUAUUACCUCUCCUUGGACUCAUCCAGGUAAGAUUGCGAGGUGUAUUGCUUUAUUGUACAACGUAUGAAUUAUUCAUUGGCAAUGUUUGCUGUGCAUAAAUGGGUUAAUGCUGCUCUGUUGAGUGUGUUGCAUUAUUUAAAUAGAAAGUUUGUGCAUUCUAAGCAGGGUUGAAAAGGAGUUACAGGCAGCGAUCGCUGUCCACUGACACACCAGUUUAAAUGCUCUAUAUUUCCAUUGGCAGGCGCUGAGCAUAGUAGGGAUUGCAGUCUACAUGGCAGGGGUUUGGGUUGUUGCCUUUCAGCCUUUGCACCCUUGUGUACUUAAAGCAUGUGUUCCUUAUCUGUACUAACCAGAAGCUCAAAACCCUAUCCCAUCUGCUAUAACUCUUGUAUAACUCUUUUACAAGCAAGCAAAACAGAGCUUACAGCUCUCUACUGUACUGUCAUUAAUAAAAUCUAUUUUAGUCAGCCAUUGUAAUAACAAAAAUAAAUAAAUGAUGCGUGCUAAUAUAGCUGCAUACCUUAAUAACAGGAAUUGUGUUGCACACGUGUAGGUGCCUGGAAUAGUUUUCCAGUGCAAUAAUUCCAAGAAACACACUUAGACACAACUACCGAGAGGAAAAGAGGAAAAAGAGAACUGUAACUUUAAGGCAGAGGAGUGUGGACAGACUGAAGCUGUGUAAUAUUUUCUGGGUUCUGAAUGGUUGCUGCUAUUAUUAUAAAGUAUUAUAAAAUGUUGACUUGAAAAUGUAAAUUGGCAUUACUUUAGAGAGGCCUGCUUAUUUUAACAGGCCAUAUCUUGUUUAACGUAAGUCCAUAUUUUGGCCGAGGCUCAGUAGACUGUCAUGACUGACAUAUGAUAAAUUUAAGGGGACAGCAUUUCAAUUAAAAUCAACACACUGCUGCUAGGCACAAGGGAGAGAUUUCCAGUUUAUAGUAAGGUGGGUAGCGACCAGAAGUGUAAAAGCAAUAGACACUAAAAAGUGUGAAGGGAGUAGACUCUUCUACACCACAUCAAACUAUUCUACAGGGAGUGCAAUGGGCAAAGUGCAGUGAAAAGUCUAGAAUGUUGCAGUAUUCUCUGCAGGAACGGAUAAGGGCACACAUCAUUUGUAUUAGAUUAAAAAGUGAUUAUGAAAACAUUGUAGAAUGUGUGGUGAUAAAGGGCUCAGGUCAUUCGCACUCUCUGCUUUUUCCUGCAAUGUGAUGGUCAUCCAUUUGGCAUUCAGUUAAGUUGGCAUGGUUCCGACGAGCAGAACUUGCUGAUGAAAGUGAAAGGUUCUGGCAUGUCGUGUGGAUAAACAAUCUCUUUCAUGUGGUGAGAUCUAUGCUAUUCCAAUUAGUUACAGGGCUUACCACAUGGCAGCGUCAAUAAGGAGAAAUUCCAAGGGUUGCCAAAGAGAGAUCUUAGGAGGCAAGUUCUAGAGAUAUAAAGAGAGUGAGGGGAAUACGAGGGGGGCGGUCAAUGUAGGAAGCAGUGUGAGAGAAUUCCAAUAGCAGCUAAAUAGAGAAGGUUUCCUGAGAUUCUGUGAUAAAUAGGUCAUUAACUUUUAUUAGACAUUGCCAGUAUGAAUGCUGUGUGACAGAACAGUGUCUUUUAGAUGUACCAAAACAAGAUGCUACAAAAUUUUUCAAGAGGUUAAAGAACCACUAUAGGCACCCAGACCACUUCAGCUUAAUGAGGUGGUCUGGGUGCCUGGUCCAGCUAGGUUUAACCCUUUUUUCUAUAAACAUAGCAGUUUCAGAGAAACUGCUAUGUUUAUAAAUGGGUUAAUCCAGCCUCUAGUGGCUGUCUCAUUGACAGCCGCUAGAGGCGCUUCCACACUUCUCACUGUGAUUUUCACAGUGAGAAGACUCCUGCCGCGCAUGCGCAUUCAGCCGAAGAGGCGGAGAGGAGGAGGAGAGCUCCCCGCCCGGCGCUGGAGAAAGAGGUAAGUUUAACCCCUUCUUCACCCUAGAGCCCGGCGGGAGUGGGCACCCUCAGGGCACUAUAGUGCCAGGUAAACAAGUAUGUUUUCCUGGCACAGUGGCACUAAAGUGGUCCUUUAAAGCAUAAAAUAAGAAGUGAGUGUAAGCCAGGCGUAGUCAACCUUUUAAUACCUACCGCCCACUUUUGUAUCUUUGUUGGUGGUAGCAUUUUCUUACCGCCCACCAGUGCCACAGUAACACAUUUUAAAGCGCAUGUGCGAUUUUUUUUUUUUUAGAAAGGAGGGUUUUUAAAAUAAAUAAAUUCUAUUCUACUUUCUGUGUGUGUGAAGGGUGUGGUGUGUGUGUGAGAGAGAGAGGUGCAGUGUGUGAGGGGGCAGUGUGUGGAAAGGUGCAGUGUGUGCGUGUGAGGAGUUUAGUGUGUGUGUAAGGGGGCAGUGUGUGUGAAUGGUGCAGUGUGUGAGGGGGCAGUGUGUAGGAGAGGGGGACAGUGUUUUUGUGGGAGGGGCAGUGUGUAUGUGAGGGGGCAGUGUGUGUGUGAGGGGUAAUCUGUGUGUCUGUGCGGGGGCAGUGUGUUUGGAUAAGGGGUGUAGUGUGUGUGAAGGGUGCAUAGGGUCUAUGCUGUGUGUAGAUGAGAGAUGUGAAAAUCUUUCUUAAUGUCUCCCCCUCCCUUCUUUCUUUUACCAUGGAGGCGGGACAUAGUGCUGCAAGCCCCGGUGGUCCAGUGGUGGCAUGUUCACUUUAGCCUGCAGCUCCUCCGGCUGCAGGCUGACUUUCCUGUCCUCCAGCAAGCAGGCACUGUAUUGGAGCCUUGCCAUGGUAACGCAGCAAAGCUCCGAGCAGCCUGCUUGCGGAAGGAACACUUCCCAGGCCUUUCCCUCCCUCCCCUGGAACUAAGUGCCAGCGGGCCGGUGAGGGAGAUCUUUGAUCUUCUCACCAGCCCGAGAAGGCUUACAGCAACACUGACUCUGCAUGGGCCGGCAGCAGAGAUGAAAAGAUCUCCACUGCCGGCCUUGGUCCACGGCCAUCAAGGCACACUGGGAGUUUUCUGCAGAACCUACCACCGCCCACCUGAAAUCCCAAACCGCCCACCAGUGGGCGGUAGGGACCAGGUUGACUACCCAUGGUGUAAGCUAUUGAAAGCUGUUCUGUGCGUCAGGUAAAACAAUAAGCUUUUUUUUUUUAUCAAUACCGAACUACUAUGUAGAGUGAAAGGAGUUUGUCUAGGUAUAGAGUAGUGGUAGAUUUUCUGCAUAUGGAUUUUAAAAAGCUGCUUUGUGUAUAGAGGAAAUGGAGCUACUUUGUGUUUGGAGCAAAUUGACGAUGGGUGAUGGAGGUUAUCUGUGUAAAGGUAGCUGGGUUGUAUACAGAAAAAAAUAUAGAUUUUCGGCAUACAGAGUAAAUGGAGCUGUUUUUUUUGGAUGGAGUAAAGAUUCUGAAUAUAGAUCAAUUUUAAUUUGUAUAUGCAGUGUAAAUUGAGCUGUUCUGUGCAUAGUACAAAAUUGCCUGUUCUGUUCACAGAAUAGAGUUAAAGUGUAGACUAGAGUAAUAGAGUGUUCUAUGCAGGGUGGGAUUAGCCAUAAAGUGACCAUAGGUGGCUACUUAGGGGGUUAAACAGGGGCAACUGAACCAUGAAAUUCAAUGGGAUUUUUAAAAUUUAUUUUUUUAUUUGCCAAUCUUUAUUUUUAAAGUUUUGAUACAUUUUUGAAGGCACAGAUACAAGAACAGGUAAAGAUUCAUCAUAUGGCAAGUAUACUCCAGAAGACAGACCGCCAACAUUGUUGAAAAGGAUCUCCAUUACUUUGGGUAUAGCAGGGAACAUGAAUAUGUUUGCUCAGUGAACAGUACUAGAAACGUCACUGCAAUAUGGUUUGUGAUAAGAAACUAAAGGAACAUUUAAUUAGUGUUAUUGCCAAAAAGGUUGGUGUAUGUAGAGACUUUGUGUGUGGCUGGAGAUGAGGAAAUGUAUAGCAUGAAGAAUGAGGGAUCCCAUGGGAUCUUAAUCCUUCUCCGGUUCCACAUAUAGUGCAAAGCGCGCUAUGUCUUUAGAUCACUUUGCACUAAACACACAACAGCUCAUUUUGCAUUAUACUGUGUAUAGUGUAAGGGGAGCAAUUCUAUAGAGUAAAGUGAGUUUGUAGAAUUAUUAUUAUUAUUGGUAUUUAUAUAGCUCCAGCUUAUUUCGCAGCGCUUUACAAUAAGAGGGGAAUUUACCAAAUGAGACAAUAAUAAAAUGUAACAGAAACAUUAGGUAGUUGAUGACCCUGCUCAAAUGAGCUUACAGUCUAGAGGAGGUGGGGUAUAAAAACACAAUAGGAAGGGUAUUAAGGGAGACAGCAAAUGGACAUGAUGGGAAAGUAGCAACUGAAAGUGAGUGCAGUGUGGCCCUAUAGGAGAAAAGCAAGAGAAAGGAUUACGAGAUAGAAGUUACUCUUGGAGGCCAUAAGCAAUCCUGAAAAGAUGGGUUUUGAGGGACUACAAUUAUUAAAGACUAGGGGAAAGUCUGACUGGGUAGGCAGGCUUUUCCAAAGGAAAGGAGCCACCGUGAGAAGUCUUGCAGGCAUGAAUUUGCAGUAAGGGUGCAAGCAGCAGACAGUAGAAGGUCACCAGUAUAGCGGAGAGACCGAGAUUGGGCAUACCUAUGAAUCAGUGACGAAAUGUAAUAGAUGGAGGGAUUCUGUGUAUAGUGCAAAUGGAUUCCAUGUAUAGUGCAAAGGGAGCAGGUCUGUGUCUAUAGUAUUCCUGAACAAUGUACAGCAUGUGCGUACAUUAAAAGUACGGUAACUGUUUUCUGACAAUAGCACCUUUUCUAAGCUGCCUGUGUCUGCCAGAGCAAAAGUAACAGUAAUCUGAGAAAAGAAAUGUCCAGAAUUGGACAUUCUGACUAUAUAGAGGAGCCAAAUAUGUCAAGGAAAGUGCAUCUAUAGUUAACUUUAUCAUUUUCCGCUCAGACAUUUUUUCACAUACAACCCCACUGUAAUAAUUAUGCUUAAAUUAUACCUAAAUUUGCAUAUGUGACUAACUCCCCAACUAAAUUUCUGGACCUCAUAAAGUGAUACCAAGUGAAGUGUAGGUAGCUAUCUCAUUUAUCUCUCAUGGAAUCUGAUCCUGCUUUACAUCGCCAUCAAAGGUUUUCUGUCAAAGUGAAGGUGCAUCUGUCCUUUCAUUAAUAUCUGAGGGGGUAGUGAGUGGGGAUUCCAGAAUUAAUGGGUAAACUGACAUUUAAUUGACUAGUAAGAAAACAUAGAUUGGAAUGGUCCACCCCACGCCUCCACUCCAGAUGAGCUAGAGGGGGAUGCAGAACUGUCUAGUUCUUUUCAAACAUUUUCUCCCAGCUUCAUUUAAGGAAAUAUUUGUUCUGCUCAGUGAAAUACUUUCUAUAUAUAACAUGAAGUGUACAACUGAUCUUUAUUUGUGUGUUUUAAGCCUGAAUGAAGUGGAGCUAUUUUUAACCUUGUGUCAUCUUAUUAAGCAAGCCGCUGUUUUGGUACUCAGUCCAUAUAUGGAGAAUAUGAAACUGCCAAUUAAACCGGAUUAAUUAUGUUGAAGCCCCAGUCGGCGGAUUACAGGCGGCCUUUAAAAGAGCAGACUUUCUGUGCAAGAACAUUACAUUGUUAGCAAUGUCUGCAAUAGAGUCAUUGACUUCUUAUUCAUUAUUUUCAAUUAUUUAAGUAGAUUGUAGUUAGCUAAUGUCAAUUGUUUUGGAAAUGUACCCAUAUGCUGUAGAGUAUGCAUUAAGGAAUUUAUACUAAUCAUUCUAAACCUGUAUAGCUUUUUCUCCUUCUCGUAUUUAUUGUCACAGGCUAAGUUGCUGUAAUCUAAUAUACAUUAAAGUGACAUUGAGAAUAUAACUAAUGGAGGCUGAUGUGCCAUUUUGCUUUUCAUGAAGCCUAAACAAGAGGCAGUGCUCCUACAUUGGUUGUGACAACGACCCAUGUAUACAUUCAAUUAUAUAAUGAAUAGAUGAUAUUCUGUUAUGGUUCUCAAUAGCUGAUGGCAAAUAGGAACAAAUCCUAAGACACUAGGGCCUAUUUCUUGAAGGGUCCAUAUACCGGUGGUUUGUGGUUCUGUAUUUUCGUACACUUGCUUUCUGCCUCUUGCUAGUAUGUUCAUGCUAACAAUUAAUUAAACUCAUGGCAUAUUUUUAUUUUUUUUUUAUUUUUUUGUUAAAUGAACAUUUUAGCCAUGUCUGUUAGUGUUGCUAUCUUGAUACCUAUGCUUUGAAUGAUUGAUGUAUUAACAGAAUGCCUUUAUGCAUAUAUUACAGCACUUUGAUCAACUGCAUUAUAUUUCUAGAUUGCUCAGGCCGAACUCCAGAAGACAUGUUCAAGGUCCACAGCUGAAAGUCUACCCAGUGGAUGUCCACAUGUGUGCCAAUGCAGACCACCUCCUUUACUGCCACCUCCACCCCCACCACCACCACCUCCAAGACUUGCACCACCUAGUAAGUACAAGAUGGAUAUUAUGUCUGUUGUGUUGGUCAGUAGGCAUGCUGCGUCCAAAUACAUUGUACAUUCUGGAGACAUAUAUAAAGUAAGCUUUGCAAGGAAAAAAUGGAUAAUCUGUGUGAAAGUUUUGUUAAGGAGUAGAACGUCAGAGAGGUAAUCACUCCAUUGAAGUUAUAUUCAGUAAACUCUGAGUUGUUCAGAUAUUAUCUAGAAUCAAGUAGUUAAACUUUCUACACUCAUCAGUUGAAGUCAACAGGUUAUUGUCAUUUGGUUGGAUGUUUAUACAAGAAGCUAUAUAAGAGUUGUGUCAUCUCCUUGAGUCUUUAGUAAGAGCCAAAAUGUAUAUUCCAGAAAGACUUAGGCCCCCUAAUCAACACACUACACAUAGAAACAAGAAUUUUCUAACAGAAUAUUCUCAAAGAGAAGUCUGUGAUUGGAACAAUUGCCAGCUUGGAGGGGAUGAAUGUGCUUUGUCCAAGGCAAAGGGAGAGCAUUGGGAGAUGGAGGGAUAGAGGGUUCUUUAAAAAAAAUAAAAAAAUGAAGUGCAUGCUGUGACAGACGAUUAAAAUGCACAGAAUUGACAUUAGGCAGCCUAGAACAGCAUUCUGGAUUGCCAAAGUCACACGUGCUGGGGAUGCAACUAGCCCCCAGCACACAGUUAAGAAUAUAUCUGUAUAUGCAGUAUUUCAAGCAAACACACUGCACAUACAUACUCCUGCAACGAUGGCCACUUUAAAUCACUGAAGUGGUCAUGGUGGUUAGAGUAACCUUUUAACAGAUAUUAAGGAGGGAUGGGCAGAUCCCUAUGGUUUCAGUAGGAAUGAACAGAUUCUCAGGGUCACAGGAUGAAUAGGGAGCGAACAACAGAUUAGCAUGGCUGCAAGGUGUCUGGGCAGAUUCUGAGGGUCUUCCUGAGCCUUAGCAGCAUCAGUAGUGAGAAUAUGAUUCAUAGCCAGAUGUUCUAGAAUGGCAAGUUUCUGAAUGGGAAGAUUCUCAAUGUCUUGGUGACAAGUUUUCUUGAUAACACUAUUUAGAGCUAUAUUACUGAUUUGAUGAUACUCAAGCAUUUUGAUUAACAAUCUUGGUACAUUUAUUCACCAGAACAUCCACUUCCUAUAUACAGUCUAUAUGUUGCUUUAUUAAAUGUGAUCUUAUUUCGCUGCUUUGCAAAUAAAAAUAAUUUCUAGAUCUAAUUAGAAAUAUUCAAGACACUACUGUAUUUUUCCAUGUAUAAGAAUGUUUUUUUUCCCCAAACAAUUUUAGUCUAAAGUCGGGGGUCGUCUUAUACACGGAAUGUCACUUCAGGGUUAAAAAAAAAAACAACACUUGUGUGCGGGGCCAAAGUUAAGAUGGCAACUGCUGCAUUUCAGUGUGCCACAGCUCACACGCAUACCUGGCCUCGCUCCCACCGAUCCACUUCUGAAUGCUUUGGCUAGGAGAAAAAGGUCCUUAUAUGCAUGGGAGCUGCAGCAGACAUCAGCACUUACCACCAACGGAGCUCCAGAGUAAUUCCACACCAUCAAAAGAGCAGCCAAAAGGUUUGCUCCACCAGGUCUUGCUUUCUAAUUUAUAUUUAUGGUGGGGGAAAGGGGAUCAGGGAGCAGAGGGAAUACUAAUGUGAUGUCCCAGCAUGCCCCCACACCACCUGCUGUAUUGUGGGAGCUGAGAUUUCACAGAGUACUAUAGCACAGGGGAGGCAUGAGAAUCAGAAGUGUGUUGUUCUCCUCAGACAUCACUUCUUAAAGGACCACUAUAGUGCCAGGAAAACAUACUCGUUUUCCUGGCACCAUAGUGCCCUGAGGUUGCCCCCACCCUCGGGGACCACCUCCCGCCCGGCUCUGGAAGGGGGAAAGGGGUAAAAACUUACCUUUUUCCAGCGCUGGGCGGAGAGCUCUCCUCCUUCUCUCCGCCUCCGAUCCGCCCCGCCGGCUGAAUGCGCACGCGCGCAUUCAGCCCGUCGCAUAGGAAAGCAGUGAGAAGCACGCAAGCGCCUCUAGUGGCUGUCAAUGAGACAGCCACUAGAGGAUUAAGGGGAAGGCUUAACCCAUUCAUAAUUAUAGCAGUUUCUCUGAAACUGCUAUAAUUAUUAAAAAAUGGGUUAACCCUAGAAGGACCUGGCACCCAGACCACUUCAUUAAGCUGAAGUGGUCUGGGUGCCUAGAGUGGUCCUUUAAAUAUCAAAGUUGUUCUAUUUGAUGUGUAAAAUAUCUAUUUCUUAAUUUUGGGCUCAAAAAUAGGGUUCAUCUUAUACAUGGGGGAGUCUUAUACACGGAAAAAUAUGGUAUGUUAAAACUCUGAUUAGACAUGCCAAAACUGUUUUAUAAGGUAGGAUGCAAACAUAUCACAUGCAUACAAAAUCAGUAUAAUUUAGUAUUUUAAAAAUGAAAAAACUAGAGAAACAUCUAUUUUUACUGUCUUUCCCUAGAGAUGCAUUUUUUUUUUUUUUUUUUUAAUAAUGAUGUACAACACUUGUAAAAAAUAUAUAUCUAGGUUAGAUCAUAUUCUACAACUAAUUGUGCAUUUCUUGCCUGUCACCAGAAAAUGGAAAAAAAAAAUCAUAAAAGCACAAUAACUGUCUAUAUAUUAACAUGUUUUUUAAAUUGGAUAAUUAGUUUUAUAAUACUUAGUGAAUGCCUUUUCGUUUGCACUCUCAUUUCCUGUCUGUUGAGAAAAAAAUAUUGCCUUGACUAUCCUUAUUGGCUCAUUAUGCAUAGUUCUCAGUCUUUGUAAAAGCUUUUAUAACAAAGAGGUAAAAUGUCAUAUGGAUUAACAGAAUACACGUGACAGGGUAAGCCAAACCCUAACAUGCAAAAUUUAGUUCUUACCCAAAAAAAGUCAGAGAAAAAGGGACCCUGUAAUAUCAAUCCUAAGGGUUGGCCGGGCUUAAAGGAACACUCUAGGCACCAAAACAACCUCAUGCUAAUUAAGUUGUUGUGGUGCCAGGAGGACCUUGGGUGGAUUCUUACCUUCAGGGGUUAAACCGUUUUCUAAUGGUUUAACCCGGAAGCUGCCUCCAGUGCCGAUAUAUGCCCCUCCCCCCGAUGGGGGCUGAUAUUGUCAGCUGACCUGUCUUAUCAUCUAGGACAACCUAUGAUAUUUAAAAUAACACUACACAACCACGAAAGGGGUAGUCUAAGCACCAUAAUAUCUACAGGCGAUUGUAGUUAUGGCACUAGUAGGCAGCUGCACCCUGCUCCCACAGCCUGUGUCAUCAUAUUGCUAAUGUGGAAGUUACAUUCCUAUUUGAAAAGCAUUAAUUUGGCUAAGAGCAGGUUCUGAGCUGCGGGUGCCUUGGGGACCCUGGAUAUGUCAGAACUCCUAAAAAAAGGGAUUCUUCUGUGCCAGGAAAACAUAUUUGUAUAUUUGUUUUCCUGGCACUGCAGGACCCUGUAGUGCCCCUCUCCCUCCCACCCCCCAUCCCAAGUUGCUGAAGGGGUUAAAACCCCUUCAGUGACUUACCGCAGUCCAGCGCCAAUGUCCCUCGGCGCUGGUCAGGCUCCGCCUACUCUCCUCCCCCGAUGUCAGCCGGCGGGGGAGACCUAAUGCGCAUGCGUGGCAAUGGCCACGCAUUAGAACUUCCCAUAGGAAAGCAUUAUUCAAUGCUUUCCUUUGGGGAUUUCGGCAAAGCUGGAGGUCCUCACAUAGCGUAAGGACGUUGAGCGUCGUAUAACACACUUUUCGUGUUCUAAGAACACGGAAGUCCCUCUAGUGGCUGUCUGGUAGACAGCCACUAGAGGAGGACUUAACCCUUCAAGGUAAAUAUUGCAGUUUAUGAAAACUGCAAUAAUUACACUUGCAGGGUUAAGGGUGGUGGGAGUUGACACCCAGACCACUUCAAUGGGCAAAAGUAGUCUUGGUUUCCUGGAGUGUCCCUUUAACACUGAACCAGAGAACAACAUCAGUAGCCUUUUAGCAUCAUUACAGCUACAACAAGCUUUAGUAGUUAUGUUGUGCACCUUAUAUACAGUCUGCUGCCUUGAUAAUGAGUUGCCUCAUCUCUUGAAUUGUGUACACAAUAUAUAUGAACAGAUAGAACAUAUAUAGUUUAGCAGUGGUUUUGGUGCUAGGCAGCUAUGGGUUUAGGCAGAUGCUCUGUGUUUUGUCAAACUGUUUUUAAAUGGUUUGACAACUCCCCCCACCCCCCAAAAAAAAGACAUGUGCACAGUCUGAGCUGGUGACGAGGGGGUAGGUGGGGGCCGAUAUAGGGAGGUGAGGUUUAAAAAAAAAAAAAGGCAUGUUAAAAGUAUAGGGAGGCAAGAAUGGUGUGGAAGGGGCUAAAUGAAAGAAUGGAGGGAGAGGAGAUACAUGUUUUCCCUUGCAGGUGCUGUCUGCAAAGGAGAUGCUUACUACGUCUGUUGUUUCAAGCAGAAAUGCUGCACAUAGAUAUUCAAACCAUCACGACCACUUCUAAAAGCAGAAGUGGUCAUGGUUGUUGACAUACGUUGCUCGCAAGCUCAUCAUCUAGAAUAUCUAGUGACAUUUCCUAAGGCUGACCGCUUGUGGGUCAACAUUAUUAUCCCUCUGUGGACCAGGGUUUGGAAAACUUCCAGUUUUUAUGAAAGCCCUCACAUGUUUCUGGUUCCUGAAGAGUUAAACGCUUUGCUAAUGUGCAAAAAAUGCCUAUAAAGAAAUGAAAUAUCUUUGUUGACUUGACCUGUUUCUGAAAGCUUUCAGAUGACUGCGAUAAAGGGAUAAUGAUAUCUAAUGUUUCAAUUUUUAAAAGUUAGGAGCAUUUUAUCAAUCACUCCUCUGACCUUGCAGCCUUUAAAACUCUAAUGUGGAAUGCUAUCAAGAUGAUUCACUGAUAAAUGCACACAGAAAAUACCUCCUGAGAGAGAAAAAUUUUCAAACAACAAUCAGCCCUUUAAAAUGUGCUCACUGGCGUCAUACAGUUUGACAUCAGUAAUGUAACUUUAUUUUAAAUAGGUUUUUAAAUGAGGAGUAAGGGAAUAUGGUACUUACCAUGGAGUUGUUGCAUAUACAGAGAUGUUAUGUGAAAUUAUUUAGAAUUUUUUUUUAUCAUCAACUAUGUAUCAGUGGGGCGGUUGGCUGUAUAUGUGGGGAGGGGGGAGGUGGGGGGUAUGCUAAUUAUGAGUGGGGGCAAACUUUUGCUUGUUGUCUGGUCAUCCAAUCUAUAAUUUUUUGUGGUACAAUCUAAACAAAUUGUUGAUAGUAUAGUACUUUUAGGAUUCUUUUCUUUCAGGAAUUGUACUGUAGGAUUGGAGGAGUCAGAAGUGGUUCCUAUAUUUAAAAAAAAAAAGGCUCAAAAUCUUUGCCUGAAAAUCAAAGAUCUGUGAACUUGACAUGUGUGUCUGGGAAAGUAUUUGAAGGGUUAUUAAGGGUUGAUAUUCAGGAAUUCAUUGAGAAGAACUUUGUUAUUUGCAAAAAUCAGCAUGGUUUAAUGAAACAUAGGUCACUUGAAACGAACUUAUUUGCAUUCUAUGAAGAAGUAAGUAGAAGUAUAGAUCAGUUGCAGUGGAUGUAGUCUACUUGGACUUUGCCAAAGCAUUUAAUACGGUUCCGCACAAUACGUUUGUGUUCAAACUAAAAGAAAUUGGUCUAGAUAAUAAUUCUUGUUCUUGGGCAGAACAUUCACUUUAAGAUAGAGUACAGAGAGUUGUCAUUAAUGGUACAUUGUCAAGUUGGACAAAAGUAUUAAAUAUAGUGCCCUCAGUAUUCUGUUCUGGGACCGCUUCUAUUUAACAUUUUUAUAAAUGAUCUUGAAAUACUCACUGAAAGUCAUGUUUCAGUGUGCUUUGGCCAGUAAGCCACUGGUAAAAUAACACAUUGAAUAUGCAAUUUUGGGCACCUGUUCUAAAGAAGGAUAUUACGGUAUUAUAAUAAUUGCAGAGACAGGCUACAAAAUUAGAAAGGGAAACUAUUUAUCCUUGACUCUAUAAUGGCAUUUAGAUUUCUCCUUAAAUCAACAUAAAUAUCAAUUAUACCCUGGAAUAUUUGUUAAUAUAAAAAAGCACCAAAGGAUUUUCUAAAUUAUCCAUAGAAUUUGAUAAGACAGUCUCUUUAGGCAGAGAAAUCCAUAUCUUUAUUGUUCUUACUGUAGAGAACAUACUUUCCUCUGCUGUAAGCACACUUUUCUCCAGUGGGUGAAAUCAGGCCUGUUGUAUAUUCCAGCUAAUGAAACGGUUAGCAUAUAGCAAUUUGUACUGAACCUGUAUAUAUUUUUAUAGUUCUAUCAUAUCUCCUCUGAAGGUUCUUUUUUUUCUAGCCUUUCCUCAUAAUUAAUGUUUUCCAUGCCUCUUAUAAAUUUUUUAGCAUAAAAACUGGUGUCCAAAAUUGCAUGGUAUAUUUAAAGGACCACUAUAAUGCCAGGAAAACAAACAUGUUUUCCUGGCUCUAUAGCGUCUUUAGGUCCACCCCCCACCCUCAGGGUCCCACUCCCACCGGGCUGAAGGGGGAGGAAGGGAUUAAAUUCUUACCUUUCUCCAGCGCCUGGCUCCCUUGGUGCUGGGGACUCUCCUCCCUCUUCCGACGUCAUCUGCUGAAUGCACACGCGCGGCAAGAGCAGUCCAUAGGACUAUAGACGCUAGCAGUCCAUAGGACUAUGGACGCUAGCAUCUUCUCACUGUGAAAAUCACAGUGAGAAGCGCGGAAGUGCCUCUAGCGGCUGUCAAUGAGAGAGCCACUAGAGGCUGGAUUAACCCUAAUGUAAACAUAGCAGUUUCACCUAUAGUGGUCCUUUAAAGUGGGAUCUUACCAUUGAUUUGUAAAAAGGCACAAUUAUAUUUUGAUCAGGUGAAUCAAAAUCCUUUUCCAUACACAAAAGCACCUUCUGCACAAAAUUCUGAAGAAGCCUGUUUAGGUGAAACGCGUAAAGUGGGACUUUUUAUCAUACUUUUUUAUCCUUUACUGUUUUAAUUAUAUUAAAGUAUACUUUUUAAAGUUACUUUUUAUAUAUAUUAUUUUUUAUUUCCUGGAUCCUGUAUAUCCUUGGUGGGGAUUAUACCAUCUAAGCUGUUUAUACUGGAGCAAGUUAUAUGCUCUAGAAAGUGUAAGUACAAUACUUUUUAUUAUUUAAUAUAUUAUUAGUACUUACUUCACCAUAUUACUACUAUCUCUUCUUAUACCUACUAUGCACACUGCACCUUGAGAACAUCCGUGGCAACUACUACGAAUCCUAAGACGGGGAUUGUACCGUCCAGGCGCUUCACAGUAGAGCUCUGUUAUAGCUCAUUCAAAUGUGAGUGGACUGUACAUAGCUAUAAUUGAUUGUAUUUAAGAUUUAAUCUACUGUAUUGCACUAUUAUUUUUUAUCUUAAUUUUUUCCGAGGCUACGAUUGAUUGGAAUAUUCAAGGAUAUAUGUAUGUAUUUUUUUGCAUAUAUAAAUUACUAGGCGCGGUAUACGCCUUCUUUUCUUUCUAUUAUUCACUCACAAGGUUGGGGAAUCCUUGUUCUGUAUACUGCUGCCUGAUCACUAUAGUGAGCGCCUAUCACUCUCUCUUUAUAUUCAACAAAAGCACCUUACUAGCUUUUGCAACAGCAGACUGGCAUUACAUACUCUUGCCUAGUUUGUGAUCUAUAAUGAUUUCCAAGUCCUUUUCAUUUAAGGUUAUCCCUAACUCAACCCCAUAUAUUGUAAAAGAGUAUUUUGAGCUCUUUAUUCCAAAAUGCAUGGGGUCCAUAAAAAUCAUUGUCUGGAAAUCUAUUCACAAAUAGCUCUAUACAAAGGACACAAGGUCAUGCGUUUAGACUGGAAGAAAGGAGAUUUAGUCUGAGGCAAAGGAAAGUUGUUGGGUUUUUUUACAAUAAGAACAAUAAGGAUAUGGAAUUCUCUGCUUGAAGAAGUGUUUUUAUCAGAGUCUAUAUAGAUGUUUAAACUGCAACUGAAUUCGUACUUGCAAAAACAUAAAAUGUUCAAGCAUAUAAUUUCUUGAUCACAUAAUAAAUCUGACUGCUAUUCUCAGCUGAAGAAUGAAUGUUUUCCUAAUUUGUUGCAAAAUUGAUAGGUUGCUUCAAACUGGGUUUUAUGCCGUCUCUUGGAUCAACAAUAAAACACAGAUGUGAGAAAGGCUGAACUUGAUGGACACAUCUCUUUUCAGCCUAUGCAACUAUAUGUACCCAAGUAACAGAGCAAGAGGCUAGCAAAAGGUAGAUGAGGGACUUCACGAUAAGUCUAGUGGGCGGGAGAGAGAGAUUAUGGGAAAAUAAACCCACUUUCCCAGCGUUCCUAUGAACACCCAGUAUGUCAUAGGUUGCAUUAAGUAAACUAAACAAAAUGACAAGGUGAACUAUAAAAUGUUGAAAUCAUAAGCUAAGCUGUUGAUCUGGUGAGUGGCUGGUACAAACGGGUGAGCUCGAGCAGGAUCCCAUGUAUACAGUUGCAGUGAGUGUGUUGGGGGAUGUGGCCCCUUAGCAGUGGUAGACAGCCCAAGCGUCUGGAGUCUACAGGCUACUUCUGAGGCCUUGCAGACCUUCAAAGUCCCCGAAUCAUGUGGAAUCAGGAGCCAUCUUGGCAAAUCCCACUUGUAAGGUAUCUUAUGAGUGUCGAGUUCCUCCUUCAUUACAGAUGCAGUGCAGCUCCUUUUUUACAUUGAUAUGGAGAAUGCAGUGCAGCUUCUUUCUUACAUUGGAUAUGGAGAAUGCAGUGCAUCUCCUUUCUUACAUUGAUAUGGAGAAUACAGUGCAUCUCCUUUCUUUUUCUUGGAUAUGGAGAAUACAGUGCAGCUCCUUUCUUACACUGGAUAUUGAGAAUGCAGUGCAGCUCCUUUCGUACAUUGGAUGUGGAUAAUGCAGUGCAGCUCCUGUCUUUCUUAAAUUGGAUAUGGAUGAUGCAGUGCAAUUCCUUUCUUACAUUGGAUGUGGAUGAUGCAGUGCAGCUCCUUUCUUACAUUGAUAUUGAGAAUGCAGUGCAGCUCCUUUCUUACAUUGGAUAUUGAGAAUACAGUGCAGUUCCUUUCUUACAUUGGAUGUGGAUAAUGCAGUGCAGCUACAUUGGAUGUGGAUAAUGCAGUGCAGCUCCUGUCUUUCUUACAUUGGAUGUGGAUAAUGCAGUGCAGCUCCUGUCUUUCUUACAUUGGAUGUGGAUGAUGCAGUGCACAUUGCUCCUGUCUUUCUUACAUUGGAUGUGGAUGAUGCAGUGCAGCUCCUGUCUUUCUUACAUUGGAUGUGGAUAAUGCAGUGCAGCUCCUGUCUUUCUUACAUUGGAUGUGGAUGAUGCAGUGCAGCUCCUGUCUUUCUUACAUUGGAUGUGGAUAAUGCAGUGCAGCUCCUGUCUUUCUUACAUUGGAUGUGGAUGAUGCAGUGCAGCUCCUGUCUUUCUUACAUUGGAUGUGGAUAAUGCAGUGCAGCUCCUGUCUUUCUUACAUUGGAUGUGGAUAAUGCAGUGCAGCUCCUGUCUUUCUUACAUUGGAUGUGGAUGAUGCAGUGCAGCUCCUUUCUUACAUUGGAUGUGGAUAAUGCAGUGCAGCUCCUGUCUUUCUUACAUUGGAUGUGGAUAAUGCAGUGCAGCUCCUUUCUUACAUUGGAUGUGGAUAAUGCAGUGCAGCUCCUGUCUUUCUUACAUUGGAUGUGGAUAAUGCAGUGCAGCUCCUGUCUUUCUUACAUUGGAUGUGGAUGAUUCAGUGCAGCUCCUUUCUUACAUUGGAUGUGGAUGAUGCAGUGCAGCUCGUUUCUUACAUUGGAUAUUGAGAAUGCAGUGCAGCUUCUUUCUGACAGUAGAUAAAGUGCAUUUCCUUACCGACACUGUAUCUCCGAACUGUCACAUUUCAGGCUAAAAACACCAAACUGUGACUAUAGUACAGCUGGAGAAUUUUUCAAGUUAACGGUUUUAGUCUAAAUUUUACAGUGCGGUUCUCCUUUCUCUACAAUUUAGUGUUUAGUGAAUAAACCCCAUUAAGGGCACACAAAGGGCAGUUAAGAAUUAGUCAGGUGUAAGAUUAUGAAUACCAGAUACAGUGGAAUUUCCCUUUAAGUAUUUAUUUUUAUCGAUACAGAUGUUUUCACUCAGGAUUUUUCUUCCAUCUCUAAUUUGCUUUUGUAGCCGAGGCCUGCACUGCAUCUCCAGUACUUAGACAUCAAAUGUCACAUUAAAUUGUAAAAUAUUCAUUUUCAGACAUCUGGAAUAAUUUUUUAACGCUGGGAAGAGCACAGACCUUUGGCAGCAGUUAUCAGAUCUUUAGCUGAAAGUCUGACAUGUAGAUGUUUGGGAUGUUCGCUGCGAAACAAUUGGCCAUUUCUAUGAGUUUAUUUAAUAACGUGGACGAGAUCUAAAAAUAGCAUGGAUCAAAUCCUAAAUAGAAUACACCAGCCAAGCGUGUUCAUACAAUGAACAGUGACAAAACUAUGUUAAAUUGUGCCCAAGUAUUAAUUCAUUGGCUUUUCUGGUCUGUGCAGCUUAAAAAAAAUAAAUAAAACAAAACCAAAAAAAACAAAUGAAAUGUUCCACAGUCUAGCCAUUAUGAAAUAUUGUUCUAUUUAAUUAUUACAAAAAUGUUCAUUGUAACAGUCUCAUUAUUUAUUGAGAAUAUAUGGUAUUUUGGUUUAUUACAUGAUAUGAUGCUCUAAUAAUAUUUCAUAUUUGAUAUCAGAAAAACACACGGUCACACUCAUUGAAAAUCAACACCCGUAUGAUGGCUCUGUCAGAAAUGUAAAAAGAAACGUUCAUUUGUGUGGUCUUCAUGUAUAGUUGGGUACAUGUCUCCCAGACCCUCCACCUCCGCCAAAGAGACUAUAUUAACUAUGGACUAGCCCUCCAACCCACAUCUCCCUGGCCAGCAUCCCUUCCUGGCUAUACAGAACCGCCCAUCGUUCACUAACGGGAGCGCUGAGUCCUGACGGUGAGUGACUCUAAAUUACCCUGGAACUCUGAAGUGGAUACCAAAGUCACCGCGGUCUGCUAAAACUUUCAGCAGAGCGCUUUCGGUCUCAGAACACUCAAUCAGGGUACUUUGUGGUAAGUUAAAGGUGGGGGGGGGGGGGCAUCAAAUGACACCAAUAACUUGGGCUUAAAUGUUUUCUUGCCAAUGGCUAGUGGAUGAGUGGAAAUUUUGAACACUGUGUUAACCAUUGUAUUAAUGUUAUUAUUAAAAGGAAAAAACAAAAACGGAGCAGAAAAUCUAAAUGAUCGCUUUCGAGGUCACAAUUAUCACGAAAUAUAUAUUGAUAGAAAUAUAUACCGGAAAUCACCGUUGUAAUGAGCAUAAAAGAGAAAAUGAGCAUGAAAACAGCAAAAAGACUAUAAUAAGAACUACAAAAAAAAAUUUAAACUGAGGGUCGGAACAAAUUUGCAAAUAUCCCUAUAAUGUUAUAGUCCUGCAUUCUAAGAAAAGUUGGGUUGACACGAAAAACUGGCAUUGGUAUCUGGUACGGAGAGCAGUAUUAGUCCCAGUGACGCAUGAGGUAAUAAUCAAUUCUCUUGGUAGGUUCAGAAUAAAGAAUUAAGAAAUUAAUAUGUAUUUAAGUUUCAAUGUAUUACUGUCAGGAACUUACCUGUGCCUGGUGCCCAGGCCAUCCCCCACCUCAGGCCACGAAGGCAGAACGCACCAUGUGGCCGCAUUACCGCAGUCCUCAGGCCGCGCGGCCAGAAUGCUCCACGUGGCCUUUGUAGAAAUUACUCACCUAUGGUCCCGCGAACGGCUCCCUCUGCUGGUUUGCGGGCCGAACUGCAGCCACUAUAAAUAAAAUAUUUGCCAUGACCUUAAAGGGACUACGCCAUCUAUGCGACCCAAUGCUGUUUGGGGUCACAGAGAUGACCUGGACCUAUAGGAACUCUUUUAAGCCUAUUUAAGGCUUGUUUUGGCCUCCAUUCAUUGCCCUAUCGUGGUUUGUUGUUGGAUCCUCAUUUAGUGCUCCUAGAGAUUCCCUUGUUAUUUCCUGUGUUUGACUUCGGCUUCAUAUUUGACUUGUGAUUUCUGGUAUCCUCACCCGGCUUUGUUAUACUCAGUGUAUGUUUGUAUUUCUGACCUUGAUUUAUUCUUGACUUUGUUACUCGCUAUAUUAAAUACGUUAAGUCCGGCCAUUCUAAGGCUCAGUAAUACGUCUUUCGGACCCACCAUUUGUGGGUUUCCUUUUUCCUGUGUGUUGGGGUACGACUCCCGUGACAAUCACAAAGUAGGAGCAAUAAAUCCAUUUGUAAUGCACAUCAUUUUCCAAUAAAGGGACCCUAUAGGGUCAGGAAUGCAAACAUGUAUUCCUGACCUGUUAAAAUCACUAUAGCCCCCGACCCACUCUUUCCUCCCUAACUAUAGUAAAAUCUUACCUUUAUUCCAGUCUGCCUACGCUGACUACUCCCCCAGUCUGCUUCCUUGGCUGACAUCAGAAGUGAUGAUGUCAGCCAAUCACAAUGAUUUAUCAUAGGAAAGCAUUGGAUUGGCUGAGACCGCUAAUUCUGAUGAACAUAACCAAGGAGACCGGGCAAUGGGCAGGGCCAAACUGCACCCUGGCCAAUAAGGAUCACCCCAUAGAGAUGCAUUGAAACAAUGCAUCUCUAUGAGAAAAGUUCAGCGUCUUCAUCAGAGCUUGGAGGAGCCGAACGUCAGACUGAGCACCACUGACCCAGUGAUCACCACUAGUGGCUGGCUGAGGAGUGGCCACUAGAAGUGCUUAUAGGCUGCAAUGUAAACACUGCCUUUUUUUGGAAAAGAUAGUGUUUACAAAAGCCUGCAGUGACAUGGUAUCGACACCAGAACAGCUACAUUAAGCUGUAGGUGUUCUGGUGACUAUAGUGUAUUUCACUUUCAGCAAAUCACAGAGAGAGUUUGGUAAUGUAAUCGUGUAGUAUCUAUGUGUUUUGUCCUUCUCGAGGACUUUAUCAAGACAAUAAUGAUCUCCCCCUCUUAUGUGGCUCACUAAUACUGCCAGAAUAAUCUGUCUACAAACAGAACUGUCCUCCCAUGAUAUAUUUAAAGUAAGAGGAACCAUUCCAGAAGCCAUUAGGAUUAUAUAGUUGGACAUAAUAACAAACCAAUGAGUGGCUAUAAAUAACCCUGUAUCUCACAUACAAAUAAAUAAAACUGAUGUCACACAACUCAGAAUUAAGCCUAACAGAUUUAUAAAUAAAAACAUAUAUGUUGGCUGAUAAUAGGUAACAAUAUUGUCAAGGAAUAGUCUCUAGGUACACAAUAUAACUAACCAGACCAAUAGUCACCAAAAACCAAGAUUAAGAACAAGCUAGUUUUGAUACAAAAUAAUGUAACUUCCUAUAUAUUUCCUAAAAGAGUUGGAUAGUAAGGAGAUACAAAAGGAUAAGGAAGAACUGGUCAAAAUUGGAUGGGAUAUGGCAGUUAUUAUGCUGCACCCACAAAGAUACCCUUUGCAAAUGGAAACUGCAAGUAGUGUUCAGCAAAUCCACGAACAGCACUGGGAUUCGGCUAUAUGAAGGGCCACCGAGAAAGAGGGCAGUACUGAGUCACGUAAUGCAAUCAGAAUUUUGACUGUCCUUUAUUACGGAAUGUUUCUUAGAAACAGGCCAUGUAGAACAAUAAACAAAUCAAGCAAGAUUAUUUUAAGUGUAAUUGUUCAUUACCAUUUACAUGGCAUUUAUAUAUAAUUUAGAAAAUCCUGUUUUUGUGUGUUUAUACAGUUCAUCUUAAUUUCACUGCCAUCUUCUGUAGCUUUGGAUGAGAGUGAACAGGUUCAUGCAGGAGAUCUAUGGUGUGUCACGCUUUUUAUCUACUAAGGUUUAAAUUAAAGAAUAUCACAGUCUACAUAAUACUAGCAGAUAUGCUAGCAAAUACGAAUGAGCAACACAGUGCAAUGAAUUGAAGACUUUAUCAGGGGUAGGCAAUAAUGUAAACUUUAAAUACUAAGCACAACUGAUGGUAGCAAAAUCAGCAUGUAAGGAUAUCUUGUAGGAAGAUUUCCCAUCAUCUUUAAAUGAAUGCUACAAACUUCAAGCCCAAUACAUGUCACCCCCCCAUUAGCUGACACUGUAGGCCAAUGAGUGAAUCUCUGCAUUGCAGAAUUUACAUCAGGAGAUGGAGCCAAGACAUCAGGAAAGAAGCCUAAUUGGUCAAAUAUAGUCUCACUCCUUACAAUGGAGGGGUGCCGGUGCUCUCCACACACCAUAACUGUCCACUACAGAGAGCUGUAAUUAUUAUGGUGCUCUGAGAAUUCCUUUAAACUUCACAAGCCACCACAGACUUUAACAUCUCACAAAGACCAUUAACAUGUAAUAUUUCAAUAUGAUAAAUAUAUAUUCACUACCCAAGGAGCAAUUAUAUGUUUAGAGAACCGUCAUGUCAGGUUUACUUUAAUCCACAUAAAGCUGUGAAUGGUGCUUGGGCUCUGAAUUUGGGUCCGUGGGGCUUUCAAGAGACGAACCACAACCUGCCUUCUACAGCGCCAUCUGUUGGUCAGACUGAAUAAGCUGUGUUUUCACUUUAUCAGCCACUCACUGUCUCUAGCCUGUGAGCAGAUAAUUUCCAAAGUGCAAAAUGAGCCGUACUCAUUCCAUUUUGUAAAUAACUCGUGAUACUUUAUACAAGAUGCAGCGCUCUAACGCAUUCACUAAACAGCAAUUUCAUGUCUCACAGAAUGUAAUAGUUUUAUUUAACAACACCUCACCUAGGCAAAAAAUAAUGGGGGGUAGAGUUACUGUAUAUGAUCAUAUAUUGCAUAAGCCUACCACAACGUCAAUGUACCCUAUUCUAGGAAGGUCCUACUCUAACAUGAAACAAAGCUGCAGAGAGCAUGUGAUGUCAGCAGCCAAUCAGUGUCUUCCUUGCAGAGUAGCCUCCAACAUUCCGCUGUGCAAGGAAGCAGUGAAGGGUUCUUUCAAAUCUCUGAUUAUUCUUUGUGCCCUGCAUGCCCAAUAUUAGCAAGAAAUCUUAUUUUUUUAAUACAAAUUUAACUGCUUAACAGAUUGAAAAAUGAUCAACACAAAGUAUACGUUGUUUCUAAAAUGCUGCAUUAUGAUGCAAAGGCGAUUUCUAAUGAUAGGCCAGUUUGAAAAAAGGAAGUUUAAAAUUUCCCACAUUUUUAAUGCUUUUUUUUCGUUACUAUUAUCAAGAAUUGCGUUGAAGCAUUAAUAUGUGUGUAGUGUCUUGUGGACUAUAAAGCAUUAUUCAGUAUUUUUUAUAAAUAAUAUAAUGUUCUAAAUCCUUUUAUACAAUCCGCAUGACAGUAUGUGUGCAGACAAAUAAUACAGAAGUAUGACUGCUAAAGAAAAAUGUUCUAUAUAUUAUAUAUGAAUAGUCAAGACGUGUGCUGGAGUGAUUUAUUAUAAUUAGAUUGAGAGAGAUGUUGGGCUUUUUCUGAAGGAGAAUUCAUUAUAAAAUUCUUCUUUGGCCGGAAACACAAAUCGAUAUCUCCUGUAGGCUGGAGUCUUCAGCAUGCCAUAAAUCUGCUGAAAAAACUUCCCCUUGCUUUUCAAUUAAAAAUUCCUUAGAUCCUAAUCCUAACGACUGCUGUCAUAAAAUCCGUCUUGCCUGGUUAUUGGUUUUAAAUGUAACAAAAAUCUGAUUUAGCUAAAGGCCACAUAUUUUUGAUGCAUUUUUCUUGUUCUCUAACCUUUACUUAUAUGGCUCGGCUCCAGCCAGUUAAUUCACAAAGAUUUAACCCUGUUGCUCUGAGAAAAGGUAGGAGACCGGCUCCAUUCCCCUGUUGGAUCUUUGCAAUGCUCAGUUUUGCAAAUAACUCUGCUUAGUCUUUGAGAAAGUAAAAUGUAACAAACUAUAUUUUAUGGUGCCUCUUGCCAUGUUAAUUUAAAGGAGUUUUCUUAUUGCUGUUUUUUAUGACAUUUUAGACUCAAUAUUUAAUGUAAUGAUUUUCUUUUACCUCUUAAAGGGGAGCUGUAAUUUCUCUGGAUUUUUAAUGUAACGUUUACUUAUUCCUAUAUAUAAACAAAUGUGUUUUUUGAUGUGCAAAAAAAUUAAUUAAGUGUGGUAAAUAACACUCAAGGAUGCUUGUUUAUGUUUUGCAGUUAACAAUACUUCAUGCUGUGCAGAAAACAACUGGUGGCAUUUCCUGGUCAUUGCCAUUGCUGCAGUACUUCUCUUUGUAGUCAUUAUUAUGUGUUACAAAGCAAUAAAAAGGUAAGAUUCCUUUUUUUUUUUUAAAUUUAAGAUCCUUAUUUCCAUCACUUUCAUUCCUUAGCCAUUGUAAUGAACCCAUGAGUAAAAACGUAGGGUAAAUAUUCAAGGGUUUCUUCAGUACCAUGACCACUUAGGUCCGUAUGUGCAGUGUUUUAUUGUGAAACGCUGCACAUACCUAGUUUAACCCCUCUGCUGCCAAAGGGGAACUCAACCUCCUGCAGCGUCAUUAGGGAGCCAUUAGCAAACCCAAAAUCAGGACUGUCUAUGUCAAUUCCGUGCAUAUUCCUAAGCACGUAAUUGCAUUUAUUGAUUGAGAGCGGUCAGGAUUGACUUUGGGUUUCUGCAACUCUGCACAAGCUGAAUGUCGUCACUGGCUACAGAGGAACCAAGGAGCCCAGCAGGGACCCAGGUAGGAGGGCAAAUCGUUGUGAAAUGGUUUUCCACAUUACCAAUAUAUGGAGCCAGAACUUUCCUGGCAUUGUAGGCUGACAUGGUUAUGAUGCUUAGUGUAACCCUUUAAAUUUUAUUGUAGAAGACAAUGCCUGUCCAGUAGAAUUUCUAACCAUUAACCUCAAAUCUACAUAACAAAGUUAAAUAGUUGAGUUCACAGGAAGAGUUUUAGAGAGGAUUUAUAAGGCUAUGGGCUGUAGCCACAGUCUGGGUAACCUUACAUGGUGCGAAAAUCCAUAAAGUUUUUGCUAUUGAUCUAAAAGGUCAAAAUCAAAUUCCCGCUUUUGCCACAAACUAGAUUUCUUCUUGAAUCAGCGAGUUAUUACUCUGCGUAUUCCAUCUUCUUCUCUUAAAACAUUUUCUUUAACAUUUAAAGAAACUGAUAAGACAGCCUAUACAGGCAGAUAAAGCCACAAAUUGCUGUAAUGAACCAUUUCCUUGGCUGUAGGUGAAUUAUCCUUUUCUUUAAUUCUCUUUUCUUUUUAUUUGUAUAGUCCUGUUAUUGAACAGGUUACUAGAGAGCAUGUAACUAAUCAUUGUUGGUCCAACAGUUACAAAGCGAAUGUAGUUUUUAAAUGAAAAGGUGACGAGCUAAACAGACAUGGGCAGAUCCAUGCUGAUUGUAUUGGGUGAGGUGUAUGCAAGUCCUUUGCUGCCAUGUAAAUUCAUACCAUUUCAUACCUGUUGAACUCAAUGGAAGGGGUAACCUCUUUUCCCUGCUCAAAUGCUGGCUAUAUAGCCAUUACCAGGUAUGAAUAAAGAUAUGAUGCCUCCCAACACCUCCAUUGCUACGGAAUGUUAUAGCUCUCCUGCCUACUUUAGCAAUAAACUAUGAUGGAUGGAUAGAUUUAUCACAGAUGAACUAUUGUGGCUCCAAAAUAUUUUCCAGCAUGGGGAAUGGAGGUCAACCCAUUGCAAUCAGACUUCAUAAAUUAGAUCCGUUUUACAUAUGGCAUUUGGUGUCAUUUGACUGAUUUAUCCACUAAACUGAAAGUUGUGUAGAGCUAAAAGCAAAUUUGAAAUUUAUGAAGUCUGAUUACAAUGGGUUGACCUCCAUUCCCCAUGCUGGAACAUAUUUUGGAGCCACAAUAGUUCAUCUGUGAUAAAUCUAUCCAUCCAUCAUAGUUUAUUGCUAAAGUAGGCAGGAGAGCUAUAACAUUCCGGCCCUACCGUCUGUUAAUACCACCUGCAGACCCAUAUUAAUCUACAAAGAGAUAAAAACAACCCAUACAACAAUACUAACAGGCUGUACGAUCCUUACCCUACACUCCCAAAAUGGAUUUUCUAGACCUUUUGUAAACCAUUACCAAUAACGCAAGUAAAAGGGUUUCUGUAACAAUUUUUCGCUUGACUUUUUAAAAAAUUUUUUAUUAAAAGGCCUUAAUGGUCCCUUCUAUGCAUAUUCAUCCCCAGGGCUGGAUUUACAUAACAAAAGCUUGUUGUCACAGAAUUCUCAGGCACCUCCAAUCUCCCCACCACCAGACCACUUCCAAACUAAUAAGUAAAACUUACCAUUUUACAUAUGAUAACUGUUUUAUGUAUACACAUAGAAUGAGAGUAUAACAUGUGCACAUCGUAGCGGUUUGUGUAAAUAUCUGAGUGCAUGCAUUUCUCUGUAGCGUGUGUGUGAAGUGUGGGUAAAAGCAUGUGUAGUAGUUUGUAGUAGUGUGGGUGCACAGUGUAGGUAGCCGAGCUGUGUGUGUGCCUGUCAUUUCAGAUUGCCAGAGUCUAGAUGUCUCCCCUCUCCUUGCAGCAGAUCGCUGUGUGAGUGCUUGUGCCAUUAGACACGAGGCAGGGAGGUGUAGUUUAACAGACAUGAUACUAAACACUAAACCUUUCAGAGCAACAGCGGAGAGAGGAAAACUGUAACUCUGUUGCUGCACUUAAAGGAACGCAAAACUAAUGUAGAAAGGUUUUGGGUGCGUGCUUAACCUUCCCAGCAGCUGUGUCGCCAGGGCCAAAGACUAUUCAUCUUGGGCAAGAAUCAGUGUAAUGUAGCUACUGAAUUUGAGGCCUGGACUUAGUACAUUUUAAAGCGGCACCGUCACCCCUUCCCUAACUUGCAAAAUUAUAUAUUCUAUUUUAUAAAGAAAGAAUCGCUCAGGGCGGAGUCCAAGUGUCAAUCCCAACAGCUGUCACCAGGCGGCUGCAGGGAUUUGGCUGUAUCUAUGGAGGGUUUUGCGGUGUCCUCCAUAGAACUCAAUGCAGUACUCCUGCUUUUCCUUACCUGCCCCACCCCCCAGCGGCGAUGUCACUAUCAAGGAGCUUUAUAUAAUUGAUAUAUUAUGAUUAUGCUCCAUAAAAUGGCCAGUUAUCGGUAGUUCCUUCUGUCUAGUUCUAAUGGUAGAUCUGUGCUUAUGAAGUCUCUCACGGACCUUCAUUGUGAGUCUCUCCUACAUAGUGAAGGCCACACGGGCACUUUAGGACAUAGACAACAAUGGCCAACUCACAGGUGAAAAAAUGGCCAGUUAUCGGUAGUUCCUUCUGUCUAGUUCUAAUGGUAGAUCUGUGCUUAUGAAGUCUCUCACGGACCUUCAUUGUGAGUCUCUCCUACAUAGUGAAGGCCACACGGGCACUUUAGGACAUAGACAACAAUGGCCAACUCACAGGUGAAAAAACAUUUAUAUUAAAAGAACGACCUGUUUGGGGAUGAAAGAAUUAGUCUUCUGUAAUGAUGGAAUUACAAGAACUACAGUUAUGGCAUGGAAAUGUGCCAUAAACCGGUGUGAAAAGAAAUCGUUGCGGUCCAAAGUGUUUUUAUCGGCUUGAACUAACGUGUCCCUAAUGUUCUGCGUUCUUUUAUACGAAAAUAAAGGAGUAGCUUGAAAUUCCGGAAUAUCCGGAAAGGAUCUUUUCAAGAUCCCCCAAUGUUUGCAAACAAUGUAUGCAAAUUUGUUACUAUGUAAAUUAAAUGUAGAUACAAAAAGGUAUCCAGGUCUGGUUAUUAGAGGUUUUUUGUUUAGAAAUCUCUCUCCAUAUCCAAUACUUUUUCUUUUUCUGAAUUAAGGAGUGCAGCUGGAUAGCCACACCUAAAAACGUAUACCCUAUCUCAUUGAGACGCUGUGAUUGUGUUGUGGGGUCUGACACAUUCCUGGCUACUCUAAUGUAGAUGACUGCAAGGUAGAGGGCGGAUGGUCCAUUGGGGAUGGAAACUAUUAAAUUCCAAUAGGCUAUUUCUGUCUGUGGGCAUGGUAUAUAAAUCUGUCAAAAAAAACUAUCUCCGUUACGAGUAAUCUUAAGGUUCAGAAAGUUAAUAGUAGUCACACUACAUUCCAUGGUAAACUGAAUUUCUCCACAGAUAGCGUUCAUGUCCCCCCCAAAAUUAUCAAGUUCUUCCCUAGUGCCACACUAUAUGCCAAACACGUCAUCAAUGAAUCUCCACCAGACAUGCGGAUUCGCAAUGAACAAGUCAUGUACAUACACGUGUCUGGUUUCGAAACCAUCCAUGAACAAGUUGGCAUAUUAUAGAGCCAUAUUAGAGCCCAUGGUCGUGUCCCUAAGUUGUCUAUAAUAACUAUCUCCAAACAAUAAAUAGUUCCUAUGUAGCAACAAGUCCGAAAUCAACAUAGACUGUAGACUCCAUGUCAUGUUUUAGAGUUUAUUCUAUGUAUGUGAUUAAUAAACAGGUGAUGUGAUUUAUCAAUUAGUUUAAUUGGGGUUCGGGGUUAUAUAAGCACUUUGUAAUUUUGUAUCCUUAAUGCAUGAUUAAGGCUCUGAGACGAAAUGUCGCACUUUGGCUUUUUAUGAGGCAGUGUACCAAUAAAUAAACAUACCUUCUUGAUCCUGGAGUGUAUCCUAUGUUCUUCAGCUUCUGAGUAACAUAGACCAUGACAGGGCAAAGGGUAGUGGUCAGUAUGGCCUUAUAUAUCCCCAAGUUGUAUUCAAUUGGCCUGCAUCAAUAAUGACGCCAAGACAUGCGCAACUUGAAUCAUUAGAUCGGCAGAUGGGUUUGGUGUCAAAAUAUGACGUGGGUCUCGGGGCAUAUAUAUAGAGGGAGAGAGAGAAAAGAAAAUUGUUCUGCAUUAGUAUUGAUAUCAAGAUGAUGCUCUGCAUCAGGAGGCAUGGAGUAAACUUCAUUGAAAAUGAUGAACACUGUCAAUGUGUAUGUGUGAGCAUCCAGAAGACACUGGAGUCGUUACAGGGGCUCACUGAUUAUUUUAAAAAAUCCUUCCAUCUCACAGGGAAUGAGGUUAUAGACCUGCACAGUGCUAUUGAAAGAACACUAUAGUGCCCCUAUGUAUCCCUAAUGCCAUAGUAUUACCCUACCUAUUAUGGUGUAUGUCCGACCUUACCUUACUUCCUGUGGCACACUCAUUUUCAUCAGUCUUGAUGAUCUCAAACACUCCAAUGAUUUCCUAUAGGGAAGCAUUGUGAGGCAAGUGUUCAUGCGCAUCAAAGCACUGUGUUGUGACAAUAAAAUGCUGUCUAUGAGAAACAGUUGAUUUAAUAACCAAGUCUGACUCUGUUAUUGCAGCAGAAGUACCUGUAAAAAUUGUCAUUCCUCCAAAAUGGCAAUGCUUUUCAUUGUAGGAUAUUAAAAUGCACUACACCCAGACCACUUUGAGUCUCCCUUUAACAUUGCCCUCACUGGGACUAGUUUGUUAAUGCUAUAUGUGUUGGCAUUUUUUUUAUUAUCAGACUCUACCAUCUUACUCCAUUUUACUCAAAAAGAGCAAUUUGAAUGGGAAAGUGAACUUGAAAGUCAGAGUAGCAUUUCACAGCGCUACACCUAUUUCCUUUUUUUUAGCAUUUAACCUCUAUACAUUUCAAUGGCAGAUACAAUUCAAAUUGACUUGUCUAGCCUGACUAUUUCCUUUUAAAAAUAACAAUUUGUAAUUUUGCCUUCUCAAGCCAUCUCUGCAUAUAUUGCAUGCAUUCUUCAGUGCUUUUCAAAAUAGAAAACCAGUGCACACAAGGGUGAUCUUUAUAUGCGUGCAAUGGAAUUAAAAAAAAAAAAAACAGAAAUUUGCAUCUAAACAAUGAAUUACAUGGGGAAAAAAAUACACGCAGGUAUUUAAAAAAUAUACUGACUAUGAAAAGUGGUUAUGCAUUUCAUCCUCUUUAAGGGACAUUCCAGUAGUGUUACCACUGGCAUCCUUUCAAAAGGCAUAUUUUUGCCAGGUACUUGAGUGUUAGUAGUAUGAAAAAGCCAUGACGCUUUAUUUGGAUGUAGAAAUUCACGUCCAAGAACGUGACAUUUUGAUGGAGAGAUGACGUAUGCAUGCUGUAGUCUGGUUUUAUUCAAAUGCCAUUAAGAAUAAGUUACCAACGGCUGGUGCCAUUGUUUGAUAUAAAGCAAAAGAAAAAAUAGUAAGUAGGAAAAACUAAAUUAAUUAUUGUAUACUUCUAUUACACAGUUUCUGCCUAUCUUUACUGAGACAUGCCUCCUUCCUUCUUAGAUGAUGUAUUUUCCUUGAAACAUGUUUGGAGCUGACUCCUUUUAGUUUGUGGAGCCCAUUUACCAAAGAAUAAUAAAUAAGUCCUCUGUUUGACAUAUUACCACUGGUGGAAAUUUGAGUUGCAGGACUUAACUGCUGGUAGAUCAAUUUUGAUAUUCCAUCUCCCUUAACCUAUUAGACAGUUUUCUGGAAUGACAUGAGUACCAGGAGAACGCGGCCUCUGUUAGUCUGUUAACAUCGAUGUCAUUCUACACAUUUAGUUUCACAUUAGCCCCCAAAACACCCUCCAUAGUGUCCUCCUGAAACCAGUGGGAAAUAUUACUUAAGUCUAAAAUGUAAUAUUUUUAGAAUUCCUCACUCUUUCAAAAUGACGGAACUCCAUUUGAACAAGGAUUGCUUUCUUCCUGGUUAGAAUUUCAUGGUAUGCUCCUUCAAGGCAAGGGAUCAGUAAAAUCUUAUCCCAAAAAGAAGUCACAGUGCAGGAUUUAGAACAUCUACUCUCUUAUCUCCAUUUACCAUGCUAUGUACAUGCAUGUAGCUAAUGUUGUGUGAAGAAAAGGAAGAGCAAAAUCCUAUCAUAAAGGUUGAAAUGCUUUUAUGUUGAUUGAUUGCAAAAAACAAAAGGGCAGAUGGUUUACAACUGAAACUUAAAUAGAAGCAAUAAAUCUUCAGCCAAACACUGCAUGCGGAAAAACAGGAGUGAGAGAAUUAUAGCAAUCCUGGUUUCCUCAUGAAUAUAAAUGGCUGUUGUGUUAGGAAAUAAAAUCCUGGAGUUUAAUGAUAUAAAGAUAAGAAAAAGCAAUCAAUAAAUAUUGUACUGCUAAUCAAAAUUACAAAUACUAUAGCAGAAGUGUUAGUAAUAUUAAUGGGAGGCUAAUCCGUAACAUUUAUAUGAAACUUCUUUUAUACAUCUAGACUAGUUUAGAUGUAUAACAAUUCGCCAACACAGCACAGAAAAUUUGCUCAUAUUCCAUUUAAAAUUUUGUUACAGUUCAAUCAAAAUAUACCAUUCCUAGUUUUAACAUAUUGCACCUUUUCAUCUCCACGCCACCUCCAUCACCAGUCCUUAGUAUGUUUUACUGGGUGUGUGCAAAAACACAGCAAUGUGCUACUGGAAGAGAGUAGAAAUUGUCCUAAUGAUUUGGAAGAAUAAAAUGUUCACAUGCUAUACACACUGUCAAAAAUGGCUUGAAACCCUAUAUUCUGCUACUUACUUGAUAGCUAUUUAGAGAUGUUCACUUGUUUGAUGGAAUAGAGCAGGCAUAGGCAAUCUUCGGCAUUCCAGAAGUUUUGGACUACACCUCCCAUGAUGCUUUGCCAGCAUUAUGGAUGUGAGAGCAUUAUGGGGGAUUUAGUCCACAACAUCUGGAGUGCCAAAGGUUUCCCAUCCCUGUAAUAGAACAUUGUGGUAAAUCUCUUCCAUAUUUGGGCUUGUCUCUCUCAACACUUUCAUCAGGACUGCAGAUUAAAGGGCUAGGUGACAAGGAGGUCUACUUCAGAAUUAUGCCACUUACAGCAGUAUAGCAUUCUGUACAGAGCAGAAAGUUAACAUUAUUAAUUAUUAUUUUAUUAUUUAUAUAGUGUCAUCUGAUUACAUUUUUUUUAUUUAUUAUUGCAAUUUAUAAAGCGCACACAGAUUCCGCAGCGCUGUACAAUUAGUUGAGAAACGUACAAUAUACACAAACAAAUACAAGAGGUAAGAGAGGUACAUAGCACUGUACAAUGGGAUGGACACGGACGGUCAGCAAAUAUACACAAAUGAGUAAUAAGUAUUGUUUAUUCAGUUGAGAGUCACAGUAGGAAGUAGACCUGUGCAAUCAGUUUCAAACAAAUUGCCUUUCAUUCAUGACGAGUUAUCUGAAUUUCAAAAUUUCUAUAUGGCCAAAUAAAGAAACAACCAAAACAAGCAAAGGAAGAGCUGAGUUGUUUGUUUUGUUAUUUUGGAGUUAAGCAGGUCCCGCCAAAAUAACAAAAAAUUAUGUUUAGGGUAGAGCCACUAAAUCAAAUAAAGAAAACGUGAUAUAAACCAGGGAUCAGCCAGACCGAACGCUUAAAAUAUGCAACCAGAUGCUCAAAAGCACCACUCAUAAUUCAUAUAUUGAAGGAAUAUGGACCUAAUUACAAUGGUGAAAUACUCUGUUUCAGUAUAAGGGCUCAAAAAUGAGUCUUAUCACUGUACUGACUAAUAUAUUUGCAUAGCUCAUAUUGCACCCUUAUGGUUCGUCCAUAUUGUUUUUCCGAAAUGUUUGCAUGACCAAAAUUCAGACGAGCAGAAAUGCAAUGUCAAGCAAAAUUCUGUCAUUCGAUUUUAAAAGAAAUAAAUAAAAUUUCAGCCAAAUUGAUUCGGUUGAACCAAAUUCUUCAGCCAUGCACACGUCUAGUAAAAAGAUGAAAAGUCCACAAUAUCUUCACCAUCUCCUAGUGUGGUCAUGGUUCUUCUGAAUCUUCAUGAAUUGUAGUCCAACAGCAGCUGGAAUGCCAUGGGUAGACACCUCUGACCAUUGGAGCUCAUGAGAAAGGUCAUUAUCCUUGCUUGUUUUCUCUUAACACAGCAGUUUUGGCAGGGAAGUGUCAUUACACUAUGUUUUGGAAGGAUAUAUUUGUGGUUGCCUAGAGACAUAGUCACAGUCUUAUUAAUAUUAUCAUUUAUUUAUAGAGCGUAGACAUGUUGGGCAGAACUCUACUAAGGGAAACAGAAAAAUAUUAAACUUCAGGAACAUAUUUAACAACUUGUGGAUUUUCUAGCCCUGACUCUCUAGAUAAUUAAGCUGGCAGGGCUCCUGAUGGAUAAAUAUUUGAGCCAAGAUCAAACAAGUUGCGGUGCUCAACCUUUCAGAACCCCAGGGCUGAGCAGAACUACAUGUAGCAUAGAAAGUGUUAAACAUUCCUUAUUUCCAUCCACAGAAGUGAUUGCCCAGGGGGGUAUCUGCACAGAAUUGCUGUUUUUCUGUCCUUAAUGAAGCUUAAUUACUGUUGCUCUCCAUAGGGAGCGUUUAAAGCUGCCUGAUUAUCAACCCUGUAAGCUAGGGGACUGUCAUUUCCCAAGUAAAAUAAACACUUCACAAACUUCUCUGGUUCAAACCCCUGUUGCUGAUAGAUUCCAGUGUUUUAUAAGACUCCUCACCUAGGGUGUAUGCAAAUCUGUUCCAAUUAGCUACUUAACCAAGGCAGUUAGCAAUUGUUAGUCAUUAAAUCUUGGUCUGCAUGUGAAACUAAAGUAUGGUUCUACUUUUCUAAGUAAAAAAAAAAAAGGAAAUUGAAGGCAUACUCAGAACACGCAUUUCUGAGAAGUAGUGCUGUCAUAAAGACCAAAAUUUAUACAAAAUGCAGAUUAAGGAACAUCAUGCACACACAAAAAAUAAAGCUUUACAUUUUACAAGCCUACUAAAAAUCACCCAUUUUAGUAAACAUAUAUUCUGUUCCAGCAUAUGGCCAUAUUAUCUCAACCCCACCACUAUGCCAGUAGUGGUGGGUCCUACAACAUCUUUAACGUGGGAGAUAAACAUGCUAACUGCAAUACCUAUUGUUUAACGACUUCCAGAGAGUCUCCUCAAAUUUAUGCUUUACUGUGGUGCCUUCCAAAGGGGCAUCUGUGGUGAAGGGGUGGGGUGGUAAACCCAAGAGGAAUCUGGUUUGGAUUCCAAAUAUACACAGAAAAAAAUUAUAUUGAGGGCUCACCUAGAACAUGCAUUUCUCAUAAGUGGUACUGCCUUUAGCUGAAUUUAUACAAAAUAUAGGCUAAUAAACAGCGCCCACAAAUUUUUUUUAAAAAAACAGUUUUCAAUUUUACAAGGCUUAAAAAAAUAAAAUAAAAAAAACCCACAUAUCUUAGCAAACAAACAAGGGGAUUUAUUUCCAACAUAUGGUCACCCCAUUGUACAGUGCUACAGCAUUUUGCUGGCGCUACAUAAAUAAUAAGAUAAUAAUAAUAUGUAUAUGGUGGAACUGAAUCACCAUGUUUGUUUGCCAAGAUAGGUGAUUUUAAGUAGCCUUGUAAAAUGUAAAGCUAUUUUUUUUAUGUGUGGGUGCUGUUUCUUAAUCUAUUUUUCUAUCUAGAAUCAUAACAGGGCUCUAAAAAAGUGGAGAACAGGAGGUGGCCAUAAGGUAGAAUCUCAGCUGUUGCAGAACUACAACCACUAAAAAUGGUUUGAGACUGGAAAAGCAUCUGAGGAGUGUAGUUUUACAACAGUUAGACAGGUAUCUCUUGGCCAUCCCAGGUGACUGUCGGCUUUAUUGGCACAGGUGUAGGCAUAAUAUACUUUAACUUAUAUGCAGACACGACCUUGAAUGAGACUCCUGGGGUUUCUUUCUUAAAAAGUAUACCUCAGCUUUGUGGGGGUCUUUUUUUUUUGUUAAGAAAGUACUAAGCCAAGAUAAUUUAGGUAUAUAAAGUACGAAAAACAAAGAUAUAAAGUCUCCCCGAUUCAACAUUUACAAGAGUGAGGUCUGGUAGGUUAAAGAGAAAUCAGAACAGGCCAGGGCGUCACCCAUGCCCCCAUAUCCAUUAUAGAAUCAGGGAGCAGUAUAAGAAAAUAAGAAAAAGAUUAACAAAGAAAAAAAAAGGCUGUAAUAAACCCUAUAGAUGUAAUUUUUCCACCCUGUUCCCCAUGAACAGAGGGUGUAGAAUGAAGAUAGGGGCAAUUUGACAACCCAUCAGUUUAUCUUAGACCUUUAAGAACAGAUUUUGUAACCCAUUUUUUUAAUCAUUACCUAUUUAGUGCGAGAGUUAAACUCUAGUAGGUGUCCAUAAAUUUUACAUUACUGUGUGCUUGAUUGUCUUGUAGUUACCUUUAUCAUAGACUUUUAGUGUAUUGCAAUGCUUUUAGCAGGACCACUGAGGUUUCUUCUCUAAACUGGGAAUUGGUAAACUAAAUUAGAUGGAAAAACAAGUCAAACGUGUGAAUAUUUACAAUUUGGGUAUGUUGAUGUAUAAUAUGCCAUUCCUUUGUCAAUUCCGAUAUUUUUUCCUAUUGAAAGUGCCUUGGUGUUGAGUCAAUGCUGAAAAGAUUAGGGUCAUUAAAUAGGGUCAUACCACCUCUCAUCAUGUCCCUGCAUCAUACAGAUUGAGUCAGAGUCAGAAAGUAGAAUACUGGGACCACGUUUUGAAAGUGGAGAAAUCACCACAGAAAUUAAUGAAUUGGACUGGAAUUGCUCUACUUUUCCAUAUUUGUCAGCUUCAGUAUGCUGCCAGGAUGGAAGAGUGAGAGGACAGGAGGAUUACCGGUGUCAUAUUGGCAUGCAUUCUUCCAACAAGGGCAGAAAUGCCCUGGACUUGUUUCUGACUUUGGCCACAGAUAAGUUUUUGUAGUGUCUGCAGAAGUGGGACACCAGAAACGUAACACAGGGUGGAACAGGGAGCCCAAGGUUAGAACUAUCUCAUUGAUUUCAGUACCAGUACUGUUGGCAGGCAUGAUAUUCUUUUUAAAGUGUUGUUUGCCAUAGAUGUAAUAUAGAAUGUCUGUCUGCCCUUAUAUAUGUAACAAGCCAUAACUUCACCUCCAUCCUCCUUUCUCAUUGUUAUUACAAUAUUAAAAAUUAUGUAUUUUAUUUAUUCCAAUCUCUGUCUCUGUUUAUCAUCAUGCACUCCAAAAGGAAACCGCUCCACAAAGAAGAAAAUGGAACAACCAGGGCUGAAUAUGCAAUGACCCUCGAAACUGCCUAAGAUGCAGGACUUUAGCAGCGUGGUCACCAAAUCCUUGAUGUAAACCCUUCAAAACAUAAGAGGCAUUGAACUUUUGUUUUUUGGGGAAAAAAAAACAGAGAGAAAAAGGGCCUGUCUUUCCCCACAAAUAAAGAGCAGUAUACGCAGGGGACCUCACUUGGAAAUUUGAGUACACACCGGUUUGAUUCCCGAAGGAGGAGAUCGCCUGAGUUAGGGCCUAAGACUUCCUGGUUAUAAAGUACAGCCAGCUAGACUGGCAACCAGAGCUUGUAAGAAAGAGCAUGCAUCUGCUGAGAGAAUAGCAGCUCCGAUCACUGACUUGCCCGCCAAGCACAUGGGAGGACCGUGUGCUUACUGGGUCUCAUGUGGAGAAGGUGGAUGAGAUCGUUUGCAGAGACCCAUGAUCUGCAAACCUCCUGUGUACUAGGGAAUAACAAAUUUCCUGCAUGUGCAGUGUUUCCAUACCCAAGACAGACACUUUGUAUUAUUAUAAUUCUGAUUAUUAUUAAUGAUGAGGGUGGGUACUGUGUUAUAAAAUUGGAGGAACCCCACAAACAAUGCAUGCACUCAAUAUAUGAAUUUACCCAGGAUAUACAGCUGAGGUAUCAUUUCUAUGCAAUACCCAAUGGCUGAAGACUUUUGGAAGCAAACAGACAAAAAGAGAUGGGUUUAAAGAACAUGGUAGUGCGCUUAACCCAUUCAUUGCCGGAACUGACAUGUUUGCAUCGCCUGCCAGUGUAUUGUUGGCUUUUCUCGGCAGUUAAUGGUUUAACCCUGUGAAAGCCAUAGGGUAGUGCAAGGCGGCGCUUUGCAAACCCCUGUGGCACAUAAAUUCAGAAGAGGUUUUAAGGUGCUCUAAGAACAAAACUCUUUUUAUACGGACUAUUUUAUUUAUCAGCAUAAUAAGAAAAAUAAAAAAUUUAAAUGGAAAUGCUAUACUCCCUAUACAUGUAUGUUACAAUCACUCAUACAGUGAGCUUGUAGGUUUUCAUUUAGUGCAAUAUACCAGUCUCUUAUCUCCAAAAUUGCACAUUUUACUUCUGUGCUCUGUCUAUCAUUCAGGAUAUGGGUCGAAAUCUCUUCACCAUUGUCAGAUUAUAUCGCACUUGUUUACUGUAAUUUUAUUAUCAUUAUUCAAGUGUUAUCUUAUUGGUUAUACACUAUAUGAAAACAGUGGGUAAUUACUGUUACUAGUAUAUACGUGAAAUCGAACCUAUUUGUGGUUACAGCUGUAAAUUAACCUUCUUUACAAAGUUACUAACAAAACUAGGUUCAGAUAAUUAAAUACUUCUCCUGACCAAGUGCCCACUGAAAGUCUACUUUAACAUAAACAGGACUUUACGGUGCUUUAAUAUUCAAUGUAAACAUAAGUGGUACUGGUACCAGAUUGUGAUGUUGGCAAACAUCAUGUGGUCUCUUAUUAAUAUUUGAGACUCAAUCCAAGGAGAUCAAGUCUGACCCAGAGCAUUAUGGCUACAUAACAUGCCAUUCAGUAUUGACUUCAUAGAUAUGCAGCAAUAUUUACAAUAUUAUUUUAUUUGGCGGCAAUUUUUUUUUUUUAAGAUUAAUGACUGUUGAAACGUUGCAUAAAAACGGGUAAUUUGACAGGUUACAAUUAAAAGUCACAAUUUAGAAAAAGUUGAACUUCAAAUGUUAUUAUUCAAAUGGAUUUACAACUUUUUGCUUUGUUAGAGGAGCUUGUAAACAAAGAGUAAAAUGCAUGAUCUAUAUAUUUCUAUAUUACAUUACACUAGAAUGAUUACAUCAUUGGAUGAGAAUAAUUUAAUCCCUUAAUGGCCAGUGACAUUUAAUGCUGUCAUCACAGUUUAAACCUUAUGUCGGUAUAGAACGUCCUGUUUAUUUAACCUUAGCAGCUGUGUACAGACCUGCCACCUUCAAUGAGGAAGGGCAUUCUAUAUCAUAAAGGGUCCUAUGUUAUGGUUCUUAGGUGGUUAAGGAUUAGUAGAAUUAAUGACACAAUAGGGUCAAAGAAAACCAUUGGACUGCUUAGUAAUUUCUGUUUUUUUUGUCCCCCUUUUCUCUCUAAAAGGGUGUAUUUAUGAAAUAUGAUAUAAUAUAUCUGUCAUUUAUACACAAAGAAAAUACUAUUUCAGGGCAAAUCAAUCAAUGUGAAAUGAAAUCAUCUCUGUUAAUAUUGAUGCAGUAACCGUAGAGUCUUCAGCCUAUUUCAGGAAGUCUUUGUUGGCUCUGCAGUACUGAAUGAGUUAAUAUCCAUGUCCUGUUGAAUCAUUAUUGUAACAGUUUACAAACAGGAUCAGCAGCUGUACAUAUCCUUUAGAGCACUUGUAUAUUCAUAUUAUGUUGUGCUAAAUGCCUGCCUUCACAAUUAUAUUCCUAAAAUUACUACUUUUUUUGUGAAAAUAUGAACGUAUAAUAAAUUUAAUAAUACAAUAUAUAAUAUUGGAAAAAACCUUUGUAGCAUUUUUUUAUUUCUCAGCAUUUUUUUCUUAUUUUGAACUCAAUACUCACUAAAUGGUUUCUAUGAAAUUCACUUUGGCCACAAAUAGGCAGAUAUGUAUAGGAUUCUUUGAUUUGGGGAAAUGCAUUUGAAGAAGUUUAAUUUUUAUUGACAAGCAGAAUUUUAGAGGACUAACUUUUAGAAGAAAGAAGAUGUAAUGAAGAAAAUAUGUUUAAAAGGGUGUUAAGAAAGGAAUAUGGUAGGUCAUUUUUAACACGGUCUGGCUCUUUUUAGGACAGAUGUCACCGGGUCGUAACCCAACUUACAGGGACUGCGAAUUCCACAAACAUAGGUGCAAAAUAGACAUAUUACCGGGCCUUAGAAUGGCUGGACUUAACAUUAAUAAAGAUACAGACAAAGUCAGUAAUAGCUAUGGUCAGGAUUAUAGAAAUACAGAAUAUGAAUAAACAGGUAAUGUCAAAAUUCCAGAAAUACACAAAGUCAAAUACAAGCCAUGGUCAAUAUGAAAGUAUGAAGACAUAUAAGCACUAAAACGUUUGUUAAGGCAGAAACCAUGAUAGGGCACUAAAUAAGCAUUAUAUAGGAUUACAUAUGUUCUCAUUGGUCCACACCAUGUCUGCGACUCCAAAGUGAUUGAUAAUGAGGUCGUCUGGAUGACUUGGUCACUUUAAGUGGGGCCGUGACGUCACUACAUUUGAACGAAUAAAAGACGCACCAUUCAAGCGAGCAGCGUCUUGAACUAUGCAGGGAAGCAACUUAUGUGUGUAUAUUGACCCUCGUGAACCAGGAGGAGGAGUUGUUCGCCGUGCUGAAUGGUAGGUAUAAAGGUUAUUCCCUAUUCAGGCCAGGUGUCGCGCGACAAAGGGAGCAGCGCGGGCACGUGGCUUAGAAACGUUUGCUACAAUAGGUUUGCCAAUGUAGCAACUCAAAUCCUAUGCUCAAUGCAUCAAAUAAUAGGUUUGUGUGGUCAGUAAGCACACUUUAGACAGGAUUUAAACAAGACCCUUGCACACAAAACAUGCUCCUGUACGCCCGAGAUUCAACUGUGUCUCUUCAAAUCCUAGCCCUACUAUUCUGCCAGUGUUGACAAUUAACUUAAUUUCUAAUUCUCAAGUUAUUCAACUGUAGUUCUUGCAAUUUUCAAAUAUCACAUACAAUUACACACUAACAAGAUUAAUGAAUUUUAAAAUAAUUUUUUUCAAAUAUAAAUAAGCAAACUGGGGCGUGUGAAGGGUUUUUUAUUAGGGUUGAAAAGAAAAUACAAUUAUUUACUAAAGAAAAAUACAGCCAGAGACACCCACCUUGCCUACCUGAUUUAUGCGGCUGCAGAUAUUUGUGUCCUCAACUUUAUUAUAUGUAAAUUAGUUCUAGUUUGAGUUAUUUACAUUAUCAUACCACCGUUUACCAGGCUCAGUAGGCUUACAAAGAAACCCUAGUUCAGCUUAACCCGGUCCCCCUACCUAGAGCACGCAAAAGCACCUCUUUUAAAGGACCACUAUAGGCACCCAGACCACUUCAGCUUAAUGAAGUGGUCUGGGUGCCAGGUCCAGCUAGGGUUAGCCCUUUUUUUUAUAAACAUAGCAGUUUCAGAGAAACUGCUAUGUUUAUAAAUAGGUUAAUCCAGCCUCUAAAGCCUCUAGUGGCUGUCUCAUUGACAGCCGCUAGAGGCGUUUGCAUGCUUCUCACUGUGAAAAUCACAGUGAGAAGACACAAGCGUCCAUAGGAAAGCAUUAUGAAUGCUUUCCUAUGAGACUGGCUGAAUGAGCGUGCAGCUCCUGCCGGGCAUUCAGCCGAAGAGGAGGAGGAGAGCUUCCCGCCCGGCGCUGGAGAAAGAGGUAAGUUUAACCCCUUCCUCCACCUAGAGCCCGGCGGGAGGGGGACCCUGAGUAUGUUUUCCUGGCACUAUAGUGGUCCUUUAAUUACCACAGCAAGCCAACGCACGCUCAGCCCACAACAAUGACCUUCCACGUAGGCACAUAUUCCUCCCAGCACCAUCACAAAGCCAUUGAAGGCUUAAUAGCUUAUAUAAUACCACAAAAGCGCCUUACUUGAGCCGAUGUUUAAUGGCGAAGUCCUAAUAAGCCACAAGGCGCAUAAUGCCCAACACCCGCAUCCCCCCACAUACACAUUUCUCAAGACAUGUUGUCGGAGAGCCUGGAUACCUUAGCUAACAAAAAAUACAAAAUAGAGUUUGUUCAGUUAUGUGAAGUAUGUCAAGCUACUGUAACAUACACUGCUCAAAAAAAUAAAGGGAACACUUAAACAACACAAUGUAACUCCAAGUCAAUCACACUUCUGUGAAAUCAAAUUCUCCACUUAGGAAGCAACACUGAGUGACAAUCAAUUUCACAUGCUGUUGUGCAAAUGGGAUAGACAACAGGUGGAAAUUAUAGGCAAUUAGCAAGACACCCCCAAUACAGGAGUGGUUCUGCAGGUGGUGACCACAGACCACUUCUCAGUUCCUAUGCUUCCUGGCUGAUGUUUUGGUCACUUUUGAAUGCUGGCGGUGCUUCCACUCUAGUGGUAGCAAAAGACUGAGUCUACAUCCCACACAAGUGGCUCAGGUAGUGCAGCUCAUCCACGAUGGCACAUCAAUGUGAGCUGUGGCAAGAAGGUUUGCUGUGUCUGUCAGCGUAGUGUCCAGAGCAUGGAGGCGCUACCAGAAGACAGGCCAGUACAUCAGGAGACGUGGAGGAGGGCAACAACCCAGCAGCAGGACCGCUACCUCCGCCUUUGUGCAAGGAGGAACAGGAGGAGCACUGCCAGAGCCCUGCAAAAUGACCUCCAGCAGGCCACAAAUGUGCAUGUGUCUGCUCAAACGGUCAGAAACAGACUCCAUGAGGGCCCAACGUCCACAGGUGCAACACCGUGCAGGACGUUUGGCAUUUGCCAGAGAACACCAAGAUUGGGAAAAUUCGCCACUGGCGCCCUGUGCUCUUCACAGAUGAAAGCAGGUUCACACUGAGCACAUGUGACAGACGUGACAGAGUCUGGAGACACCGUGGAGAAUGUUCUGCUGCCUGCAACAUCCUCCAGCAUGACCGGUUUGGCAGUGGGUCAGUAACGGUGUGGGGUGGCAUUUCUUUGGGGGGCCGCACAGCCCUCCAUGUGCUCGCCAGAAGAAGCCUGACUGCCAAUAGGUACCGAGAUGAGAUCCUCAGACCCCUUGUGAGACCAUAUGCUGGUGCGGUUGGCCCUGAGUAAUGCAAGACAAUGCUAGACCUCAUGUGGGUGGAGUGUGUCAGCAGUUCCUGCAAGACAAAGGCAUUGAUGCUAUGGACUGGCCCGCCCGUUCCCCAGACCUGAAUCCAAUUGAGCACAUCUGGGACAUCAUGUCUCGCUCCAUCCACCAACGUCACGUUGCACCACAGACUGCCCAGGAGCUGGAAGAUGCUUUAGUCCAGGUCUGGGAGGAGAUCCCUCAAAAGAACAUCGCCACCACAUCAGGAGCAUGCACAGGCAUUGUUGGGAGGUCAUACAGGCACGUGGAGGCCACACACACUACUGAGCCUCAUUUUGACUUGUUUUAAGGACAUUACAUCAAAGUUGGAUCAGCCUGUAGUGUGUUUUUCCACUUUAAUUUUGUGAAAAUCUAGACCCCCAUGGGUUGAAAAAUUUGAUUUCCAUUUUUUACAUUUUGUGUGAUUUUGCUGUCAGUGUCACGAACACACACUACUCCAAGAGUGCGCGUGAUGUAGUUGUGGUUGUGAAAGGGUUAAAGUUCACUAUUUGUCUGCACUAGACCGGAAAUAAUGACAAAAUCCCCCUUUAACACCACCCACACUUAAACAUAAUAAUAUAACUAUUACUAUUUUAACGCUGCCACCACCAAGACAAUUUAUAAAUGGGGUGCCUUGGUCCCCCAGGUAAAUCAGUAAUAAAACCCACCAAAUAUUACUUAGCACAAUAUUUAAGGAAUUAUAAAAAUACUAACUUGUCUCUUCAGGUAACGUGAUUCUUAACCAGACAAAGGCAGAACUUAAUAAAUGAAUGUUUAUUAUGAGCAAAAAUGAAUCACAGUGCAUAUAAAAAUAUAUGAUAAACAAAUUAUUUACACCAACAACAGGUAAAAACAAAAAGGAUAAAAAACAGAACUCACUUAGGUUUUCAAAGUACAACUUCUGUCCAGGGAGUCUCUGGCAAGGAAAGAUGGUGACUCACUCAAAAUUAGAUCUUGGCCCCAAGCAAGUACACAAACACCCUUCAGAAUCACAGGAGAUAUACCCUAUGAAUUGCCACGCCUCAUCCAGGGGUGGAGCAAUAGGGAUACUAAGUGACCACCUCCUUUGUUCCAGAAACCAACAAGCCACAUACAGACUUUUGGUUUUAUCUCCUCUACUGUACUUGCCACAGAAAUAAUAAUUGCCUCUAUGAAUUUGUUAUUGUUUUCCCAUUCCAAAGACAUGUUGCACGCCCCGCCCAUGAUCCAAUAGGAUGGACAUCACAAGUCCUGCCACACGGUUUAAGUUGUGCAACUCAUGUUUGGGCUUAAUUAAAAGAUUGGGCUUGUCCCAUUCCAAAUAUAAUAAAAAUGAGGCUUGAUUAUUAACCUGUGGGUAAGUAUGAAUGUUUCACUUGGAUAAGAUACUGGAAUGCAAGGAUCUUCAUGAAACGAAUCCCAUUACCAUUUCAAAUGAUUGAACUAUCCUUUACAAGGUACAUGCCAAAUGGAUGAAGAGACAUUCAGACUUUUCCAAGUGUAGAACCUCACACCUUGCAGAUACUUGAUUACUUCACAUCCAUAUAUUAAAAUCAUUUUCACAUUGCUAUUCCAUUCACACUACCCCUUCUGUCAUCUGACCUCUGUGGGGGUCCCAGCUUCAAAAGAUGUAACCCCUGUUGACCUCAGCAAUAGCAUCUCUGUAAUUUGUGCUAUUUACUACACAAAUUACAUUAAAAGAUGAUAUUCCAUAGUGUAAAUUAAUUAAAUUAUACACCCUUGCCGUGACAGUCAGCACAUUCAACUAUGUAAAGAACAAAGUAUUUCAGAAGAAUAUUUAAUUCAUUCAGAUCUAGGAUGUGUUAUUUUUGUGUUCCCUUUAUUUUUUGAGCAGUGUAUAAAUUCAUAUGCACUUUGCGUACUAUGUUGUUAUUCAUGUAAUGACUCUCAAAAAUAAAGAAUGUAAAAAGAAAAAUACAGUCUCUAUUAAAGGAGAAACCGAUAUUGUAAUUAGAGACCUAUAUGGGAAUAAUCCAACAAGUUUUAAAGAAAAGAGAAAAAAAAACAGGUAUAGAUAAAAGUCCUUAGCUUCAUUUAAAAUAAAAAUAAAUGUGCGUAAACUUUAUUGAAAGAUUUAUUGACCAGAAAUUUCAAAAGCAAAUCCAAGUGUACUGUUUUGGGACUAUUGAACUCAAAACACAUUUAAAAAAAAAUAGUUUUCUUAUCUAAGUAAAUAAUCUAUGUUUUUUUCCUAUAGCGAAAACAAAAUAAACUACAAUGAACAAUAAGAAUACAACAAAAAUGAUUAUAAAAACAGAAUAAACCCAAUUAAAUUUGCAUUUCUUAUUGAGAACAGCUGGACUGCAAUUCUGUAAAUGGGUUAUUUAACAACAACAACAACAACAGCAGCGAACCAGGAUUGCAGAGAUCUGAAUUUCAAAUUUUAGAACAAAACUGAAACCCUAUAAAAAUAGUUGAGUGGGGGGAAAUGUUCUAUUUCAGCUUUUUACCCUAAAAUUCAUAUUUCUCUUGCCAAUUCUCCACAAUUCACAUUUUGGCAAAAUACCCCACAAAGGAGAUUUGCUGGCAUCCAAAAGGGUGAACUUCUCUUCAUAUCACUGUGAUCCUUAAUCGUAUACAUUGAAUAAAAUCUAAUUUAUUUAAAAGAGAUAUCAAUAAUUGGUUGAAUUGAUGCAACAGAGUUUUGCCUAGUGGUCUCCCACAGUACACCACUGACCCAGGAACACUGAAGAUACGAAAAUCACAGGUAACGGUGACGGUGGCAAAGGCCAAGAAAAAUUAAGUGGACAAUGAUUAUCAUUGUCUUGUUGAUAUCAGUGUCACUCCUGAGAAAAGAUGCUGAGAUCUUAUCAAGUUCAAAUGAAAAAAAUAUACAUACAUAUAUAUAUAGAUAGAUAGAUAAAUAGAUAGAUAUACACACACACACACACUGUGAUUAUACGGCACUGGCAUCUCUUAUCAAAGGUGUAACAGUUUAGGCAACACUAUCAUCCGUGGGUUUCUUUUUACAUUACCUGUACCACUAAAUGCGAGGACUCAUGUUUGGUGGCAUAUACAGGAUAUAGUGAGCUGAUAUUUGGUUACUAUAUGAACUUCUAUCCAUCCAGUCCUCUGGCAAUACUCUUAUUGAUAAUUACCCUUUAGAGAACAAUGAAUAGCCAUAUCUUGUGAGACCUCAAGGAAGAGACAAUCCAGCUUCUUUCUUGGCAACUCAAAAGAACUCAGACUCUGUUUGUUGUAUAAAGAUCCAGCUUACAAAGAUCUCAGCUUAUAGUAAAAUAAAAAAAUUGCACAAAGAUUUUCACCAAUGGGAAUAUAGAACAGGGCAAAUAGAACACACAGGAAAAGAACUGGCUACAAAGUGAUUCCUUACAUUCCACCCCAUACAUUUUUUUUCUUUUCUUAAGUUUAAAGGGCAAUCCAGACGUGGACCCCUUGCUCACGGUGCAUAGAGGGAUAUUGGCUAUACCUCACUGAUGAUACCUUACAACGAUAAGUCUGGGGUUGCCGUAUCUCUCGUGCAGAGGGAACUUGCUGGCAUUUUGGAUCUGUACUACCUGUAUGAGUGGGAGCAGUCUGAUAUGCUUCAGAUAUGUUCUCUCUGUAAUGGCACAAGUUCAGCUAAAACCAGCUUGAGAUUUGAGCAGGGACCCACGGAAGAGCUGGCUAAUUGAGCUGAUGUCUGUUCUCACCUCUCUUGCUACUUAUUCCCCUACAUACAAGUACACCUUGACAACAAAAGGUUAUAUUGAUUGGACCCCACUGUCCCUUCAGAGCAAUCUCUGGUUACAUCAUUUGCUGUAUUAGAUAAUAUGUAGACUUGCUGGCUCCCACAGCAGGUGGUCACUCACAGUACAGUAUUUAACUUGAUUAAAGGACCACUCCACACCUCAAAAGCACUUCAGCUUUUUUUACCCUCUGUUGACUCACGGCUGCCUAUACAGACACACACACACACACUGCUCUGUGUAUAAUACAGGUACACAUAAUACAGAUAUGACUAGAAACAAACCAAGAGUCGCAAAAAUGCCACUACAAAAUUGUGGCUUACGCAAACCAAAUCAGGGGGAUCACAAACACAUUUUUGAACUGAAUGGGCUCUUAACUCAGCAGACAUUAUAUUGUAGUGUGUACGUUUGAAAAUGCAUUAUAUAGUUAUAUUAUGUGGUUUAUACAUUUGGUAAUAUAUUAUAAAGCAAUAUUUAUGCGGUGUGUACUUCAGAAUAAUUAAAUAAACUGUGCUUUUCUGUCUAUUUUCUUGGCUCAAUGACAACAAUGUAUAUACGUAUAUUUACAUAUAUCCUCAGCUGUUGAUAAUUAUAUAUGGUUAUCAGGAAUCUAUAGUAAUUGUACAACUUGAAGUGAUAAAUAUAUACACUUUGCUAAAAUCUCUGAUAGUAAGCGGUGUGUGUGCAUAUAUAUGUGUUACUAUGAUCACAAUGCAGCUAGAUAAUGAUAUUUACUGCAUAAUGUAAUAUUAAUUACAGUAUUACAAUGAUUAGGGGGUACAAUGUUUAAGCUAUAAGAACACAUAUUUGCUGCAUUAAAGAGUUAUAUUUAGAGCAAUUAUUUCACUAUGACUGUGUGUUGUUUUCUCUUACUAUGUUAAAUUUGUUAUAUAGUUUCCAGGCUCAUAUACAGUGUAUGUGUCUCUCUCCUCAUAUAGUGUUAUUAUUUUGUAUCCGUGUCUAGGCAGCAACCAAAAACAUACCGUAUGUAAACCAAAAAAUAAAGCUUUUGACCAAUAUUUAUUCCUCCAGUGUACGAAACAAGAACUUCCUGACAGAUGAGCAGAGGAUGUUAUCAUGUUGAGGUUUAUGUAUCUUAAUAAAGUUGUGGACAACAUUAUGGGCAAAGUUUCAUCAAAAGGACAAUGAAUCCUUGGUGGAUAGGGAAUAAUUUAUAUUAAAUUAAUAUUGGCCAGUCUACAUCACACAAUGAUCAAUGAUGAACUGGUUCUAUUUUUCACAAUUCUCUAUUACCCUUUGAUCCACUCCCAUCUCCUCUGUCAGCCCUCAUUUUACCUGCUAUUGGGGUUAUCGCUGUAAUUGAACUGUACUCUUUGAUUGGCUGUCUCAUAUUAACUUGUGAUUAAUGCAGCUAAUUAUAGUUCUAUGCAGAGUGUUUAUAAUAUGUAAAACGGGAAUAUUCUAAUGACACGAGAUGAGAUAUAACUGAUAUAACUACGUGCUGGAUCAUACAGUAAUCCUGAUAUUACGACAUGGCCAUAGAUCCUGUAGAACUGUGUCAGCACAUAGCUGCUUGCGAGAGGAAAUUAGAGGAGAAUGAUCACCGCAUGGAUCAAUUCACUCAGGCUUUCAGUACGCUUCUCGCUAGAACAUCUGCAGCGUCUCCUCCUAUAGCACCUCAAACCUGUGUACCUCCACCCACUGUUAAUAGGACACCCAGCAUCUCCUUUUGGCCAUCCCUACAUUUUGAUGGCAAUAUCCAGGAAUGCAGGGGAUUUCUUAAUCAGGUGGAGUACCAUUUUGAGGCCUCACCAGGGUUGUUCCCCACGGACAGAGCAAAAAUUGGUUAUCUAAUGAAUCAAUUAAAGGGCAAGGCCCUUGCCUGGGCUAAUCCGUUAUGGGAGAGUAAUCAGAGCAUUGUUCACAAUUACCAGGAAUUCCUUGCUGAAUUCAAGCUCACGUUUGAGCCAUUGGGUAGAGAGGAUGACGCCUCCACUGCCCUAAUGCACAUCAGACAAGGUAACCGGUCUAUCUCGGAUUAUGCUAUUGAAUUCCGUACCUUAGCUUCCGAGGUAGACUGGACUAACAAUGGGUUAAUCUCAGCAUUCAAAAAGGGUCUCUCUGAGACUAUACAAGAUGAGAUAGCCGCUAAAGAAUUACCAAAGAGUCUUAACGAAUUUAUUACAUUUGUCAUGCAUAUUGAUAAUUGGUUAGAGAUAAUAGGUUAGAUAAUAGGUUAAAUUCUUAACGAAUUUAUUACAUUUGUCAUGCAUAUUGCUAAUAGGUUAAGACUCAGAGAAGUCACCAAAAGCAAGACCAGAUGUAUGGCUAUGUCCCUAGCACCCAGAUUCUCUAAACUUCUUUUGUCUAACCUCCCUGUACAGUCCGAACCCGAACCUAUGCAGUUGGGGGUCACUAGACUGUCGGAGGCCGAAAGACAGUAUAGGAGAAAGGAGGGGUUAUGCCUAUAUUGCGGUAAAAAGGGACAUAUGAUAACUGAUUGCCCAGUGCGUCCGGAAAACUUCCGCACCUAAGAACCUUAAGGGGACAGGUGUGAUGGAGUUGUCCUCUAACAAAAAUAAAAGUAGAUUCCUCCUUGAAGUAUCUAUUUCCCUUGAUAACAAGACGUUUUCUUGCAGUGCCCUAAUGGACUCAGGUGCUGCUGGAAAUUUUAUUGAUGUCCAGUUUAUUAGGGGUAAUGAGAUACCAGUCAGGGAGAGACCUACACCGCUAGCUGUAGAGGCUAUUGAUGGCAGACCACUCACACAACUGCUUAUAACCCACGAAACUGUCCCUAUUAUGGUCUCUAUUUGGGCCUCCCAUAGGGAGGAGAUGACGCUUCAGAUUAUUACUUCUCCAUCAUGUCCUAUCAUAUUAGGGUUUCCGUGGCUGAGUAAGCACAAUCCAUGUAUUGACUGGGCUAAUGGGGAAAUAUUGGAAUGGGGUAAGAAGUGUAUGGGGAGAUGUAUAAAACCAGUAAAAAAGAGAUUGGGUAUUAUUGACCUUCCCACUACCACUCCCCAAACUCCUGGAGUUCCCAUACAAUACCGAGAACUUCAGGAGGUGUUUAACAAGGCUCAAUCUGAUGUAUUGCCUCCCCACAGAGCAUAUGACUGUGCCAUUAACCUGUUUCCAGGCGCUAUGCCUCCUAAGGGGGCAGUUUAUGCUUUAUCUCCCCAGGAGAGUAAAAUAAUGGAGGAAUACAUCAAAGAAUCUUUGAGCAAAGGGAACAUAAGAAAGUCAUCCUCACCAGCUGGUGCAGGAUUAUUUUUUUGUUUCGAAAAAGGGUGGUGAGUUACACCCUUGCAUAGACUACAGGGCACUUAAAAUCACUGUAAAAAAUGCAUACCCUAUCCCACUCAUUUCCGAAUUGUUCGAUAGACUACAGAGGGCUAAAGUAUUUACUUAGCUCGACCUUAAAGAAGAACGAGCUAGAUACCCCUAGGGGAACCAACUGAGUGUGUAUCUAGGGCGACCAAGACAGGGGAUAACCCUUAUGUAUAUAAAUAAAGAAAAAAACAGACCUGGUAGGUCAGAAAAAGUAGGGCGCCCCCUAGUAGAUUAACAUAUAUAUAUAUAUAUAUAUAUAUAUAUAUAUAUAUAUAUAUAUAUAUAUAUAUAUACACACAUAAAACAUAACCUUUAAUAGUUACUGUAUUAAAAUGCUCAUAUUGAUGAUGAGAAAAUGAGGAUAACAAAAAUAAUUAAAAUAGGUAUAGAUAGGUGAGAUCGUUAUUCCUGAGUGGGAUAUAUAACCUAAAAGUAUCACUUAAGAAGAACUAAUAUAAUCUUGUAGGGAAAAAGGAUCCCACUACAGUGCUCAUACCGUUACUACAAAAUAAUGGUAACUUGUAAUAAUGCUACCAUCUAGGAUAAUGAUAAGUGGCUACUGACCCUCCCAGCAAACCCCCCCCUAGCAGUUGCUUAGAAAAUCUUGUGGGGUAGAAAGUAGCAAGAUAAUGCUACAUAUCAGGGAGAGAAAUAACAUACACUCACAAAAAACAUGAAGAUCUGCUAUUAAGUUACUAGAUUUCGCAGCUAGUUCAGAGUCAGAGGUAAAAUGAAACAAUGUAAAUUGUGCCUCUGCGGCUGUCAAUGACGAAACCUCACUUAGCUGGGAUGUGGACACAAGGUGGGGAGAUCAGAAUAAAGUCUCCCCCCAAAAAAUGAAGGUAGCAGGUAGCUAGGUUGGAUAGUUGUUCGUGCUCAAGCCGUUGCAGUUUUUGCUAAUUAGUUAGCUAGACGUUAUUGCUUUGACGACCUGAUAGAGCUUUGUUCUGCUGGGGGUUGUGGAUCAUUAGGGGUAUUUUUAAUUUGUUUGGGGGAGACUUUAUUUUGAUCUCACCAGCUCGUGUCCACAUCCCAGCUAAGUGAGGUUUCGUCAUUGACAGCCGCAGAGGCACAAUUUACAUUGUAUCAUUUUACCUCUGACUCUGAACUAGCUGAGAAAUCUAGUAACUUAAUAGCAGAUCUUCAUGUUUUUUGUGAGUGUAUGUUAUUUCUCUCCCUGAUAUGUCACAUUAUCUUGCUACUUUCUACCCCACAAGAUUUUCUAAGCAACUGCUGGGGGGGUUUUGCUGGGAGGGUCAGUAGCCACUUAUCAUUAUCCUAGAUGGUAGCAUUAUUACAAGUUACCAUUAUUUUGUAGUAACGGCAUGAGCACUGUGGUGGGAUCCUUUUUCCCUUCAAGAUUAUAUUACUUCUUCUUAAGUGAUACUUUUAGGUUAUAUAUCCCACUCAGGAAUAACGAUCUCACCUAUCUAUACCUAUUUUAAUUAUUUCUGUUAUCCUCAUUUUCUCAUCACCAAUAUGAGCAUUUUAAUACAGUAACUAUUAAAGGUUAUGUUUUAUGUUUAUAUCUAUAUAUGGUAAUCUACUAGGGGGCGUCCUACUUUUUCUGACCCACCAGGUCUGUUUUUUCUUUAUUUAAGCUCGGCCUUAGGAGCGCUUACAAUUUGGUUAGAAUUAAAGAGAAUCAUGAGUGGAAGACGGCAUUUAAUACCCGUAGUGGACACUAUGAGUAUCUGGUAAUGCCAUUUGGGUUAUGCAACGCCCUGGAAGUAUUCCAAGACUUUAUAAAUUAUGUACUCAGGGAAUUCAUUUACUUAUUUAUCUUGGUUUAUUUGGAUGAUAUUUUGGUGUAUUCCCCUUAUCUUCAAACUCACCACUCCCAUGUGAAACAGGUUCUGUAGACGUUGUUGAAAAAUAAACUUUAUUGUUAAUUAGAAAAGUGCAUUUUUGACCAGCCUGAAGUCAACUUUUUGGGUUACAACAUCUCUGCAUCUGGGUUUCAAAUGGAUCCUAAAAACCUAGAGGCUGUACUACACUGGCCAUUACCCUCUGGUUUAAAAGCCAUUCAAAGGUUUAUUGGUUUUACCAACUAUUACAGAAGAUUCAUCAAGGGAUUUUCUUCUGUAAUAGCCCCAUCACUAAUAUGACUCGCAAAGGGGUUAGUAGCAUGGUAAGGUCCAAAGAGGCUGUGAAUGCUUUUGAGACUCUUAAACAAAGAUUUGCCUCUGCGGACAUACUAAAACAUCCCGACACCCGUAAACCUUUUAUAUUGGAGGUUGAUGCAUCCGAGACAGGGGUAGGGGCUGUUCUCUCUCAGAGAGAAAGCCAGGGAACACCAUUGCAUCCUUGUGGCUACUUCUCCAGAAAGCUGUCUCCUGCUGAGCGCAACUACGAUAUUGGCAAUAGAGAACUGUUGGCCAUUAUUCUUGCCCUCAAGGAAUGGCAACAUCUUUUGGAGGGUUCCAAGGACCCCCUGUUGAUCAUAACCGACCACAAAAACCUGGCGUAUAUAGAGGAUGCCAAACGUUUGUCUUCCAGACAGGCUAGAUGGUCACCGUUCCUUUCACGUUUUAACUUCCUCAUUACUUAUAGACCUGGUUCUAAAAAUACCAAGGCUGAUGCCUUGUCCAGGCAAUUUGAUAAUGAUUCAGCUCCGGAACAGGAGACAUCUCCUAUUAUUCCGCCAGCGUGUAUUAUUGCUACUACUGUCCUCUCACUGUCUUCUCCACUGCUUGGCACGAUACUGCCUCAGGCGCCCAGUGGUAAACCGUGUGAUAAACUGUUCGUUCCCCUAUGUGAAAGGGUUAAUAUCAUGAAAGUGUUCCAUGACAAUGUAACUGCUGGACACCCGGCAUCAAUAAGUCCAUUGCCGCGAUCACUAAAUCAUUUUAGUGGGAUUCACUCAGGAAAGAUGUAAAAGAGUAUGUGCAGGCAUGUUCCGUGUAUGCAGUUUCUAAGGUGUCUCAUGCACUUCCAUGUGGCCUGUUGCAGCCUCUUCCUGUUCCUGAGAUUCCAUGGUCCCACUUGUCCAUGGACUUUAUUGUUGAGCUUCCUAGCUCUGCUGGGUUCACUACUAUUCUCAUGGUUGUAGACCCAUUUUCUAAGAUGGCUCACUUCAUUCCUCUCAAGAAGUUGCCAUCUUCGCAAGAAUUGUUCCUAAUUUUUAUAUGUAUAAUUGUCCGUUUGCAUGGCAUCCCUCACAAUAUUGUGUCUGAUAGGGGCUCUCAGUUUGUGUCCAGGUUCUGGAGAGCGUUUAGUAAACAAUUGGGGAUUGAUCUCUCCUUCUCCUCCUCCUACCAUCCACAGACCAAUGGUACAGCUGAGAGGGCUAACCAGUCAUUAGAAGUUUAUUUGCAUUGUUUUGUUAAUAGCACACAGGACAAUUGGUCCGAACUACUCCCGUGGGCCGAGUUCACUAGAAACAAUGCUGUUCAUGACUCCUCUGGGCACAGUCCAUUUUUUGUCAAUAAUGGUAGGCAUCCUACGGUUCUUCCUGCGUUUUUUUCUGAUACUGCCAUUCCUGCACUGGAUGAGCGUCAUGCCUCCAUUCGGGAUACCUGGGUUAAGGUUCAAACUGCUCUGGGGGCUGCUGCUGAACGCUUCAAACAUUUUGCUGAUAAGCGUAGGAGUGCCAACCCGGUGUACCAAGUGGGUGACCAGGUUUGGUUGUCGUCUUGCAACAUCAAGCUUAAGGUCCCUAGCAUGUAGUUUGCCCCCAGAUUCCUUGGUCCCUAUAAAGUGCUUUGUAGGAUCAAUCCAGUGUCUUACUCUCUGGAUCUUCCUGCAUCUUUAGGGGUUCCCAACACUUUUCAUGUGUCUUUACUUGAACCUCUUGUCUGCAAUAAAUAUACUGUUCCUCGUGUUCCUCCCCCUCCAGUUGUUAUGGGCAAAUGCAAAUAUUACAAGUUUUAGAAUGAAAUGUUGUAUUUCUUAAACUGUGUACUUUGUCUUUAAGAGAUAUUGCAAACUGACAAGGUGUUAGAAAUGGAACAUAUUGUUUUUCAUAACUGUUUCUUUAAGCAAUAACCUCAGUGCAUAAUAUGUUUGCGCCAUUUUGUCCCAGACGAAAUACAAUAAUGCAUAAACAAGCUUCAAGGCUAUGCUACGACUCUUUCAGUACACAUUAUACUGUGGUAACCUUAAGUAGAUAAGGAUGUCCAGACUUUAAGAUGCCAUCUUGAACUAAGUCAGGAAAAUUUCCAUGACGUAUGCACCCUUUAGUUAUGGCCUUGUAUGUUUGCCAAGUUAAGGGAGGUCCUAAAAUGAAUAAAGUAAAAAAAGUAUUUUUUUAUAUAUGAACUACGGUAACCCUAAAAUGGAGACACCUAAGGUAUGAAUAGGUGUACUUUUAAAUGUUAAGACACAGAGGAGAGACUUGGAGACAGACGCUGCUCCAUCUUAAAAUGACAGAGAGGCUGACAUGAUGAUAUAUUCAGAAGGGUAUGUUAACCUAUUAAUGAUAUUUGCAAGCAUGUAAUUUAAUCUUAUAAACUCUGCUAUAAUGGAUUUUAUAUUUAUAUUUUUAUAUAAUAAAUAUCCAAAAGACAAAACUAUUGCUUCCAAGACAAUCCUUAUUUUAUAUUGUAUUCUCAAUUAUUUAUAUAUGUUAAAUAGAGGAUCUCUUACACUAUAUAAAAUUAUGGCUAAGAUAUCUGUAUGGUUAGCCCUACUAAGUUCUAUGCUUUAAGACAUUAUAGUGGUAAAUAAGGGAACCACCACGGUUACAAUUGGCGACCACGAAGGGACUUUGUACUUGGAAGCUUUAAAUAUAAAAUAAAUACCUAGGUAACCUCUUAUACGUAAGAGAAGACACAGUACUUUGUCAUGGCACAAGUCUUGAAAUAUCAAGAAUCUAUUGAGCUAUGUGUAGCCCAGACUCAGAGAGAGAUCUUCAUCAUUAGAGAUGAUUUUAAUGUGAACAAGGCACUGUGAGUUCAGGUGCCAGGUACAACGUAAUUAGCAUACAAUGCUGAAAUUGUGGGUCUUAACUAAUAUAAUAAUAGAACAAAUAUACAUAUUUGGUAAACUCCCUAAAAUGCCUAAUACACCAGCACAGCAUGGCCCAUUAGUUCCAGGACAGUGGAUUGCAGGCAGAGGGAUAUAUUCUCUUUGUAGCUGCUUAGUAUGCAUGCGCAGGAAAAAGAUUAAUGCAAAAUGUUGUGAAAAGAAAAGUGAUAAGACAGAGCGAUGAAAUUUGAAGUCUAAUUCCAAGAAUGCAAAGAAAAUUGCAUUAUGGCUUAAUGAAAACAUUCAUGCAACAGACAGACAGGAUUUUUAAUUAUUGCAUUACUGCGUUCUGGAUUCUAAUGUCCACUAUUUAAGAAAAGUUUGUAAAACAGUGAUAUUUUCCACAUUGUCAGUUAUGCUAGCUGUUGAUUAAAAAUCAGGAAUUAUAACAGCAUAACUAUUUUUGGAGUCUGGAGUUUCCAGCCAAGGUUGCGGAGAUACAGAGACAUGUAAACAUUCCAAGGAAUUGAGAAGUCAUUUUAUAUUCCAAAUUAUGAACAACAUUAUUACAUACAAACAUAAAGAGAAAGACAUGGCUUUUAAAUAAAUUCAAUGCAGUACACUGCAGCAUGUAUUUUAUAUAAUAUAUGCUAACUAGCUCAUAUUUUUUCUUAAACAGAGUUGAAAUUAUACUACCCUCCUAGAAAAAGGGCAACAGGUGGUUAUACAUCCUUUGCUUCUCUAAAUCCUCUGCUAAAAUAAAUAUUUAUAACAUGAUUAAAAAUAAUAUAUAUGUAAGAUAAAUCAGGGCAAAAUAAAAUGGUAACUAUACAGGAUCUCUGAUAGCUUUUAAACUGAAAUUAUUAAAGGCUUAUUUAAAUAAAAUGUUAAAUACAUUUACAGCUUUAAAUGUGACCAAAAGAUACUAAAUGAUGUGUUAAGCAGCCAGCCCAAUUCACUAGAAUAGCAUAAGUAUUCUACUAUUUAAAGUGCACAAUUCCUGCACAUAAUGACUUUGCUUACUCAGGUACAGUAUUUAGUUUAUUGCAAUGGCAGGAUUAAAGUCCACCAAUUUUAAAAGGGAAAGCUUACUUAAAUCAGUGGUACUAUCCCACCGUACUAGCAGUAAGGAAAUUAGAACAAUGAUAUUGUACUACUGAAUGUAAUCAGAUCAGACACAUGUAAUCUCAGUGAAUUUCAUAAACUAGGUUUUCAUAAAAUAAGAUUAAAUAUCAAAGUUGUUUAUAUAUCAAUAUAUCAAUGUUGUUUAUAAAUAAAAGUAUAUAGCCUAGGCAAUAAGAGCAUUUACAUGCAUUCAGCAGCCUGCUCUCUCAGAGCCAGAAACGGAUUUAUAAAAAAUAAAAAGUAAGUUUUAAAAAGUCCACAGUCAACCACACAUGAAAGGUGAAAUAAUUGCUUCUUUAAAAGCUGUAUGCUGCCGCAAUUAUGUAUAUAAAUACAGAUUAGGGCACAACAUAGAAAUAAAAAUACAGUUUCAAAUCUCAUAUAUGAGGAUUCAGUUCCACCACAUAUUCUACAAUUCUUAAAGAGGCUAAUUUUAAUAAUAUGUUGUAAGAGCAUUGUGAGUAUAUAUACUGCAAAAUUAAUGUGAUAUCGCAAAGCCUGCAAUAUUCUAAACAGACAUUAAAAUUUAAGAAAAAAAGAAAAAUAAUAAAUAAAAAAAUAAAUAAAUAAUAAUGCAUAAAAAAAAUGCAGUGUCAAUUAAAGUGAUAAUACUCUGAUAUAUUAAAACACAUUGCAUAUCACAUAUCUGCUAUAUGAAAAGUAUAAUUAAAGUGACAUUACUGUCCAAAGCCCCCUCACAUCUAUUUUAUAGAAUCUAUACUUUUCAGUGGUCACCUCCAAAGAAGCCUCUGAAACUGGGGGGCUCAGAGGGGUGUACAUCCCAAAAGGAAUCAGAUUCCAGACUUAAAGAAAUAAAUGAUAGAAAAGGGGAACACCCAGAACAUGCAUUUUUGUAUAUAAUUUUAAUUUGCAGAUAUUUUAUGCCUUAAAGACAUAAUUAAAUAUUUAGACAUAAUUUAAUUAAAUAUGCAGGUAUCUUUAAAAAUUAAGCAAUGUUAAAAAAUAAAUAAAAUAAAUAAUAAUAAUAAAUAUAUAUAUUUUUACCACAAUAUAAACAGCUUUGUUAAACCGAUUCAAGUACAAGUACUAAUGUGAAGAAAUAUACAGAAUACGUUUACAACAGGCAGGUUUAGCAUAAAUGCAAAGUUGUUGUUUUUUGGGGAUUUAUUAUUGCCCAAGAAAUCUCUGGACAUUUUUGAGAGCAGCAAGUAAGACAGCAGAUUGCAAUGGACACCAUUACAAUAUUGCUUUACCGAUUGAUGUCAGAGCUUUAAAGAAUAAAUAAAUAAAUGUUCUAUAGCUCGCUAGACCACUGGCUUUUAAUGAACAGUUUGCAUGACACUUAUAAAAUAGUUUGUAAUACUGCACAUUAUAGCUGUGACAACAUAAUAUACAGGGUAAAAAGGCAAUGUCACUGUUUAAUAGACUUACCCAGUAUUUAAGGACGACAUGUUUCUUGCAAAGUAAUCGGGACUUUGAGGGAGGUUCUAACUAUGUUUAAUUAAUUAACUUACUAAAGAAAAAAAAAAAAGAAGAGGUUUUGUUUUUCCCCUGCAAGUGCGUUUUCAGCGCAAGGUCAUUUUGUGUUCACAGACUAUUCGGUUUUAAAAAGCUGUUCUUUAUCUCACAUUAUGAAUGGCCUUGUAAUUCCUAUGCACACUAAAAGUUGGCUUUUAAAUGUUAUUGUUUUAACUUUAGUAUUUCAUAGUUAAUACAGAGAAUAAAGUAAUUUAAAGAAAAUAUAAAGAAAGUAUAUUAAUUGAUAGAAUUUCAUUUAUCUAUUUUGGUCCACUGUUCACUGAUCUCGAGUCUCAGUCUGGUGUUCAAACAGUUUUUCUUACGAUACGUCAUGAGUUUAUAUCCACAACUGCAUUUUGCUUUGUGGUAACAAAUUGAAAGCCUGGCAUUGUAAUACGUGUAUGGACAUGCUUAUAACAAAGCAUGGUCCCUCUACUCAUGUAGUUGGUCAUUAACAGGCACUUUGAUGCAAUGUGUCUACCAACGCUUUUCUGUGGUCACUGGAUCACAUCGCAUACCCUAUCUCUCAGUCAUGAUGCAGAGUUUAUGCUUGCAAGGAUAUCCAGACCUUAUCCAUCUGGUAUCCGCGUAAAUACUCCUAUCGUUUAGAGGGGUUAAUUACAUAACCAUUGGAGGUAAUAUGUUGGUUGUUCUUCUUAUAGAGGAAAGAUAGACUUGCCCUAAAAGCUUUUUCAUGGCUAGGACAAGCUUUCAUAGAGAGGUAAUGUACUUCUGACUCCUGAAAAGGAAUAUUGGUGGUCCAAUAUGGGAAAUACUGUAAUUCAUGUGUUUAGUAAUCAUAAGCAUUUGCUUAUUGCCACAUUACUGAUGUACUGUUUAUUGAAAUAUUAAUAUCUAACAUACUUUUUGAAUUACUAUAUAUUGGAAGUUUGCCAUCAUCUCAUGGUUAUAAAUAUGUUUUUGUAUGUGUUGAUGCAUGUACCAGGUUUACUUGGAUAUAUCCUGUGCGAAGUGCAACCUCUGAUGCCACGUUUUCUAGUCUCACUUCCUUAGUAUGCAUUUGAUAAUCCCAGGACCAUCCAUUUGGAUGGUGGUCCUGCACUUACUGCAAAGGAAACCUAAAACUGGGCAACCACAUUUGGGUUACUUUGGGAAUUCAGUGCACUCACCACCCCCUAAGUAGUAGGGUUGUGGUCUGGGAAAAUGUUGAGGUUAAAUGAUUAUUAACCAAGUUACUAGUUGCUUGCCCCACACAGUGGUAUCUAUUUAUUCCUAUGGUACAGAUGAGCAUUCACAACAUCAAUACCUGAUGAUACAAAUGGUGAGACACCAUAUGAAAUGUUACAUGUUUUUCACUGACAAACAUAUUUCUGCACCAGGGAGAGCUUAGAACCAUUGGUUCUAUUAGAGAAAUUUAGGGAUUUUUUUUCCUCGCCUUGCACCACCACCUAUUUCCUACUGUUGGCCAGCUUGUCCUGGAGAGGGUGACACCGAGAACUUUUACUACAGAGAACAAUCAGAGCCAAUAGAGAACAGUGAAUUUGAUAUUUUACAACCUGCUAAAAUACAUCCAAGACGUUCACAGAACCACUGACUGACACAGUGAAUGCUGUUAAAGAUGACAAGAUAAAUCAAACAGAGGACGACAGAAAUGCCACCAGACUCAUAGCCACGUAACAGACUGAAUCAUGAUCUGACAUCUGAACCUGCAAAUGUGAAGGAGAAGGAUGAACAGACAGAUGUUAUACAUUCACAGUUAACAUGGAAUGUAUGAAAAAUGAAUCAUUAACAUCAUUAUAAGAAAGACUCUGGAGAAAACAGACUGAACCUGAAUUAUCUUAUACAGUAAGAAAGAAAUGCAAAGAUGGAAGCAAAAGGAUGCUAGAAAAUUGGUUAUGGUGUCUCCUUCUUACAAUCUGCAGCAUUAUCAUAACAUCAACCCUAGCUGUCGUUUUAAAGCUGCAUUGGGAUUAUGUUAACAAGCAGGAAGCACCUGAACUGAAUUGGACUGCACACUAUACAAGUUCUGUGAUCGUGAGGACUACCUCCAAGAACCAUUUCAAAAGGAGAGACACAGCUCACAGUGAAAUGAUUGCUAAUGUGACACAACAAGGAAUCUGUAAUGAUUCUGUUGCAGAUGUGAUCUACCAAUGUACUCCUUGCUCUUUUGGUAUAACUAUACUCAUCAAAACAUUAAAUGGCUUCAUAGAAUCAAACGACAAAGGAUUCUUGCUAUAUUCUGGACUUCCAGGAAUGUGGUGCAUGGACAGAAAAAUUAUAAUUACUAAAGCAAUCAUGCUAUUUUUUCCCUGUAUCAGAAAUGUGUCAGUGACAAUGUGUAAUAUAAUACAGAUACUAUAAUUAAUGGUAUAAGAAACACAUAAUGUGUUAAUUACAUAGGUGGAUAGACUUUGUGAAUAUCUGAAACGCAAUUGAAGAUUAUUGCUAAAAUGCCAUAUGCAGCUGCAGUCUGGCCUACAAACAAAUAUGUUAAACAUACGUAUAAGAGCAUACUAGCUGAGUACCCAGAUAAAUAAUUGAAUCAUGAUAGUUAAAGAUCAUAUGAUUACGAUAACAACUGUAAUAAUGAAUAAUGUUUAAACUUUAGAAGAAAAUGUAAAAUGUUUUUAUUAAAUCAGAAACUAUUCUAUAUUCGUUUAAGUUUGCAGAGUGGUAUAAUUAAUUAAUAUAAGUGAAGCACUUCAACAGUUAAAAUUUAACUGAAAGACAGGCAGAAACUUUACUUCAACUAUCAUAAAGUUUAUUAUAAUGAUAAAAAUAUUCAGUCUGCCAGAGCUAAGGCCAGUCAAUGGAAAGUAAGAGUAUUAUGGAUUAACCCGUCCAGGUGAUAUACAUGAUGAUUUUGGAAAUUGAUAAGUUAGGUCACCUAUUGCAAACUUGUGAAAAUAUGUCAAAGAUAUAAAUUCAACAUUCAUAUCACUCUAUGUAUAUAAAUUAAAAUACACAUAAUCAAAUAUUUUAUCGUUUUUUUCAAAUACUAAAAAAAUGUUAUUUGGUUUGUGAUGAUUAAAGGUACAUAAAACCACUUAUACAAAGAUAGAGUUAAAAUAUAAAUACCUUCAAUAUUGUAUCUGAGUGCUUUCUUAACUCACUUUUAGAAAUAAUAAUAAAAAUUCUAUUUAUCUUAAGCUACACCCAACAGCCGCUGGUAAAUAUACUUAAACAAUUAAGAUUCUCAUUGUUAAGUAUCCAAUCUCACGAACGUAACUUUCCACAAUGGCUGUCAGAUCUAUUGGUAAAAAAAAAAAAUGUUUUCUAAGACAAUAUUUGGGGGUUUCUGGUAUUUGAAGCCACUAAUAACUGUAGUUAUUAUAUUUACUAAUAAUAACUAGGGAAUAAGUUGUCUUCUCCCUAACAGGUCAAAGAACGAUAAUUAACGUCAUAUUUCCAAUUAGCAACUAUUCUAAAUAGAUUGAGAGAUUUUGAAUAAAGGAGUAUUUUUAACAUUUAAAGAACAAAAGUGGUAAAUACUUUGCUGCUUCAAAUUAUUCGUUUUAUAUCUCUAAAUCAUAUACAAGAGUGUUUAUCUUUAAAACAAAACACUAGAAAGAUUAACUAUGUUACUAUUUCAUCUAUCAUUAUUAUACAAAGUAUAACAAAUGUAAAGAUUUUUCCACAGAUUUUACCUGUUAACAUUUUUAGCACAACAGCACCUGAUGUCAGUGAGAUGUCUAUCACUGAGAUUUUACAAAGAUUCCAAUACAGCAAAAAGAGGCGUUCUUGAGAAUCCACUUCGAUUGCUGUAUCAACAUAACAUUUACUAUAAUGGGAUCCAUGUCACUUAAGACAAUGUCUUGGAAAUGCUGUCAAUUAAUUUAUUCCGUAAAAGAAUAUCGGAGAGUAUCCAAUCUAUACACAUCAUAAACUGUGUAAACAUGUUUCAUGGAAAAAACAAAAUAAAAAAAACAAAGACAAAGACAAAUACCAACGCCAUCACCACGGUGAUAACAGAUGAUGCUGAUUCAAUAUCUGCAACCAAUUCUAGCCAAAUACUUGGAUAGCUGGACUCUACAAUCUAUACUCUACAACAAAUACCCGGGUAUUCUACAAACACAACCUCCAGCAAUGUAUCUAAGAAAUGUAAACUUCUACAGGUCUUUAAAGACUUUGGAUUACAAAUACAAUUACUGCUUUUAACUUUGGAUUACAAUUCGCAUCCGAAUCCAUCCAAAAAUAUCUUUCUCUGGAACCUGGUGUUCUUUUCAAUUCUUUCCCAGACAAAAGCUUUGCUCAUUUUAAUCAACCACCUUUACAGGCAAAGAUCACACUACGGAUGUUUUACUGUUACAAAAAUGAUCAAAGAUGCUGGGAGCACAAAAACCUAAAGACUGUUGGAGAACUUUGGUUUACUAAUUUAAGUUAGAAAUGCGCUACAAUGCCCACAGUUUAAUAUUACAAGUUUUAGAAUGAAAUGUUGUAUUUCUUAAACUGUGUACUUUGUCUUUAAGAGAUAUUGUAAACUGACAAGGUGUUCGAAAUGGAACAUAUUGUUUUUCAUAACUGUUUCUUUAAGCAAUAACCUCAGUGCAUAAUAUGUUCGCGCCAUUUUGUCCCAGACGAAAUACAAUAAUGAAUAAACAAGCUUCAAGGCUAUGCUACGACUCUUUCAGUACACAUUAUACUGUAGUAACCUUAAGUAGAUAAGGAUGUCCAGACUUUAAGAUGCCAUCUUGAGCUAAGUCAGGAAAAUUUCCAUGACGUAUGUACCUUUUAGUUAUGGCCUUGUAUGUUUGCCAAGUUAAGGGAGGUCCUAAAAUGAAUAAAGUAAAAAAAGUAUUUUUUUAUAUAUGAACGGUAACGGUAACCCUAAAAUGGAGACACCUAAGGUAUGAAUAGGUGUACUUUUAAAUGUUAAGACACAGAGGAGAGACUUGGAGACAGACGCUGCUCCAUCUUAAAAUGACAGAGAGGCUGACAUGAUGAUAUAUUCAGAAGGGUAUGUUAACCUAUUAAUGAUAUUUGCAAGCAUGUAAUUUAAUCUUAUAAACUCUGCUAUAAUGGAUUUUAUAUUUAUAUUUUUAUAUAAUAAAUAUCCAAAAGACAAAACUAUUGCUUCCAAGACGAUCCUUAUUUUAUAUUGUAUUCUCAAUUAUUUAUAUAUGUUAAAUAGAGGAUCUCUUACACUAUAUAAAAUUAUGGCUAAGAUAUCUGUAUGGUUAGCCCUACUAAGUUUUAUGCUUUAAGACAUUAUAGUGGUAAAUAAGGCAACCACCUGCGGUUACACAGUGGUGGUGGGUGGUCAGGAAGAGUAUGAGGUAUCUUCUAUUGUGGAUUCUAGGUUUUCUCGGGGCACUUUACAGUACUUGGUGGACUGGAAAGGUUACGGUCCUGCUGAUCGUUCUUGGGUUUCGACUCCUUACCUGCAUGCGGGCCGUAAGAUCCGUGCUUUUCAUGCCAAGUUUCCUCUCAAGCCCAGUCCUGCCCGCCCGGUGGACGGUCUUCAGGUGGGGGGUUAUGUCACAUAUCCAUCUGACACUUUUCCCUCACCUGGUGCUGAGCAGCCGGAAGCUUGCAGUCCUGACUGUCUCAGCAUACAGUCUGGCAACGGCCGGUGCACAUCCACGGGCAGAAAUAACCCCGCGCGUGCGCAUGUGACCACGGAUGUGCACACGUGAACGCGCACGCACCGCACACGCACAUUUUGGAGCCAAAAUACCGGGCUGACCAAUGGGAAAGGAAGGAUGGAUAUAAAAACCUAGUCUGAACUCCACUCAGUGCCCUUUCGUGGUUUCCCAUGUGGUUGUCCGAGAGCGCGUUCCUGUUUAUAGUUUUCUACUGGUUUUUGACUUCUCUAUAUUCUGGUAUCCUGACUCCUGGCUUUCCUCAUCGCUGUGUCCCUUUCUGUGUUCCCUGACCUCGGCUAGUAUUUUUGGCUAUUCUUUGUACGUUAAAUCCGGCCAUUCUAAGGACCUGUAAUACGUUACUUAUUUGUCAUCCAAGCUAUACAGUUCUACAUGCUGGAUCAAACAGUAAUCCUGAUAAGGGCUACAUGACAGUCAGUUUAACAAAGUUAUUUUGUUUCUUGUUUCUUUUCUCUUCGCUUCCCCCAUUCUCUCACCCCUUCCUUUCACUCCCCCACCUAAUCAUCCCCAAUCCCCCAUCUCCUUAAUACUUAAUUAAAGGAAUAUUGUUGAGGAAGAUUACGUGAUAAAUAUUGUUAUGAAAUUUAUACAUAAGAAUGUUUUAUUACCUGAUGUACAGGAUUGAUAUUCCUAUUGUAAACCUUUGCUAUAUGCAAACCUUUGUUAUACUCAAAAUUCUUCAAUAAAAAGAAAUUAAAUUUAAAAAAUCAUAGCUCUAUAAGAGACAUCUAAUGAAAGUGCAUAUUGAACAGAUAGCCCAGCAAUAUCAGAUCUGAGGAGGGUAACUAAUAAUAGACUACAAUCUAUUUUGUUAUGCAUGCUCUUUAUGUAACGUAAUGCCCAAAUGUACGUAUCGGUCAGACCCCACACAGGGAACACCACAAAAAUAGAAAAAAUGAGGGCAGUGCAAACAAUUGCAAAUGUGCACACCAAGUGCUACAAAGAGAUUUAUUUACAAGGACAUAAGGUACAAACGUUUUUGGUUAUCCCCUUUAUCAAUGCAUGUCACCCUCUAAAAUAAAGAAAAGAGCAGUAAACGUUUUUUUUCCUUUAUAACCUGGACAUCAUGGGGGAACACCACUAUUGGAAAACGCAUUACUCUGUGCAUCGUUAUUUUAAAGAAAAUAGUCUUUACCUUCGGUUUAUCAUCCACUGACGUUUGUUACUGUACUACUAUAUUUCUUUAAUAAAAAUAUGAAUUACAAAAAAACUUAAAUAUUAGUGUUUGAAACAACUAAAGCAUUUCCCCUGUGUCCACAGGCAACAAAGGACACAUCAGUCAGAAUAAGUCAAAAAUAACUACACAGUGCCAAAUAUCAUAAAUGGGUACAGGAAGUACAUUGCCCUCGGGACUAUUGUAACCAGGCUCUUUCCAUGGGAAUUAACCUUGGUCGCUCUGUGACAGCUGAAUCAAACUUGCUUGAAGACAGAAGGACACUCAGUGUACCCAUAAAUCAACCCAAAACCGCCCAGAUCCUGCAAACGACUUGGAGGAAUUUUUAAUAUGGAAAUCCAGAAGAAUUUAUAGUAUAUUAGUGGGAAAUGGACUGAAAACUAUACUAAUAAUUUUAUCAAUAUGGAAAAAAAAAAGAGCAAUAUUAUGGAGUGAUAUUACACUAUUAUUAUUUUACUAUUUAUAUACCGCCAUCAGAUUCCGUAGUGCUGUACACUACCAUAGAAACGUACUAAUGCUACAAAUUUUGAUAAUGAAUAUUGAUAAAUUGCAAGUACACAUGCACAAUAUCCUAUAAUUCUGCUUUAAGAAUUUAAUCUAAAGAUUUGUUAGUUUUAUGUUAUCUGUACAUGAAAGUACUACCUAUAAUCAAAACCAUUUCUUCCUGCUUAAGUUAGUAAAAGCAUCAAAACUAUAGCCCAUUGUAGUGGUUAUGGUGCUAGGAGGCCCGAUUUCCCAGUAAUGGGCCAACUCUUUAGCAUUGCUGGCAACAUAGGGGCUAAACUUCUGUUGUUCAGCACUUCAUAGCAAAAUGCACAGUCUCAAGGCACCAUGAUUGCUUUAAAUCACUAAAGUAGUCACGGCGCUUGAAAUAACCCUUUAAUUUUGUUAUUCCAUUUAGAUAUGACUGAUGGCUGAUGUCUACCAAUAGUCAAGUAACACAAAGAAACAUUUCAGGAAAAGUAGGACAUUAGCACUGGAAACUAAAUUAUGUUCUAGUGGUUUCUUUAGACAUAAGGGCCGUAACAUGAAAUAGUACCUACCUUUACACAAUAAUAAUUUAAAACGGAAAAAUGUUAGAAAAAAAAAAACAUGACAAAACUAAUUCAACAUAAAGACUAUAGAAAUAAUGUAUGUGUUUCCACAAUGGAGAGAAAUGUGCUGCCAUUGCUGCAUAAAUUGAUACCAUCUAUCCUGCAGAAACAGUCUCCUAUUAACUUGAUUUUUGUUUCAUAAUAAUUUUAUAUUUGUAACACUCACUAUAAAUGAAUAAAAUAAGUAUAAUCAUGAAUAAA